UUCAGAAGAAAUAAUGAAAAACCUGGGCCUCCUGCACUAUUAAAUACUCAAUGUCCCGCCCACACUUGAAAAAACGAACAUGUUUAGUCGAUUUGAGGCAUUCCACAUUUGAAAAGAAAUUCGCCUGCGACGGUAAUAACAGUUUGCGGCGCGCUACACUUUUGUGUUGAUCCGAUGGUUAUCCUAUUUUUUUUUAUCCACAGAGAAUAAACGAAUCUACAAUUCACCCAGAAGCAGAGGAGCUCGACGUUGUGCUCAACAAUGUACUUGGUUUCUAUCCUUUUCGCCAGUCUGGCCGUCACACCGCUAGUUCUUAAAACUUUAUUUCCUUACUUCUGGAAAGAUGCCUUCUACCUCGCGGACUUGGUUCGGAUUUUGCUGAAGUUUGUUUUACGGAGGAGAAGGAAACCGUUAUUUUUGGUUUUGGACCGUUUUUUAGAGCAGUCCGCCGCUCAUGCGGACAGACCGUUCAUCGUGUUUGAAAAUAAAACCUAUUCGUAUCAGGACACGGACAGAAGAAGCAACAAAAUAGCCAACGCUUUACAGAGGCACUCGGAGCUGCGACCGGGGGAUACCGUGGCUCUUUUUAUGGGAAACGAACCUGCCUUCAUCUUCACCUGGCUGGCCCUGGCAAAACUGGGAUGUCCCGUAGCGCUUCUCAACCAUAACAUCAGAUCUAGAUCUCUGCUGCACUGCUUCAACUGUUGCAGCGCCAAGCUGCUCAUAGCAGCCGCGGGUAAGUGACCAAUACCCCAAGGCCUACCCGUUGGCCCUUCAGCAGGCGGAUAUCACUAUCAAAGUAAACUCAUCCCGAGGCUAAUUCCUCAUAGGCAGAAGUGUCUGGUUGAGAUUACUACAUUAUGACAAUAGGUGAAAAUCACAGGUGUGUUAUGAGUUUAUCAGAGACAUGCACAUCCAGAGGGAUGGAAUGAAAAAGACAAAGGUCUGCCAAUAGCCUAUUGAAACUCAAAUGAUAAUGAUAAUCAAAUGAUAAUUCAUGACCGUGGGGGCAAAAGUUAAUUUUUUUCUCUGCAGUCUAGAACAGCUGGAGUCCAGUUUUGAUCAAGUAUUGAAUAUUGAGUUCUUCUCUCAGAGCUGCAGGAAGCGGUGGAGGAGGUGCUCCCAUCCCUGAGGGAGCAGGGUGUGUGUGUGUACCUGAUGACUAAACAGUGUGACACACCUGGCGUGGAGGGCUUCUCUGACCAGGUGGAGGAAGCAUCGGACACACCUCUCCCUCAGUCCCUCCGCUCGGACAUCACCUUCAAAAGCCCUGCUGUCUACAUCUACACCUCUGGGACCACAGGUGAGGCGGAGGACAGAGGGGAAGGGAGAGGGAGGGGGUACAGGGGAGGGGGAGGACAGAGGGGAAGGGAGAGGGAGGGGGUACAGGGGAGGGGGAGGACAGAGGGGAAGGGAGGGGGUGGUACAGGUGAGGGGGAGGGAAGAGGGGAAGGGAGGGAGGGAGGACAGAGGGGGAAGGGAGAGGGGAGGGGGGGUACAGGGUGAGGGGGAGGAACAGAGGGUACAGGUGAGGGGGAGGACAGAGGGGAAGGGGAGAGGGAGGGGGUACAGGUGAGGGGGAGGGACAGAGGGGAAGGGAGAGGGAGGGGGUAAGGGGGAGGGGGAGGACACCGAGGGGAAGGGAGGGGGUACAGGUGAGGGGGAGGACAGAGGGGAAGGGAGAGGGAGGGGGUACAGGGGAGGGGGAGGACAGAGGGGAAGGGAGAGGGAGGGGGUACAGGGGAGGGGGAGGAGAGAGGGGAAGGGAGAGGGAGGGGGUUACAGGGGAGGGGGGUUUACAGGGGAGGGGGAGGACAGAGGGGAAGGGAGAGGGAGGUGGUAUAGGGGAGGGGGAGGGGAAGGGAGAGGGAGGGGGUACAGGUGAGGGGGAGGACAGAGGGGAAGGGAGAGGGUGCUACACAGGUAUGGUCUACUAGUCAGACAUCACCUUCUAGAGCACUGCUUCUCUGCUUCCUCCUCUCUGUUUCCUUUCUCCUUCUUUCUCUCCUCUGUCCCCUGCUGCUUCCUUCCCUCUCUCUUCUGCCUGAAGCAGCCACUGUAUAUGAACAGCCCUCUCUCUCCUGCCAGUGCUCCUGUAUAUGAACAGCCCUCUCUCUCCUGCCAGUGCUCCUGUAUAUGAACAGCCCUCUCUCUCCUGCCAGUGCUGCUGUAUAUGAACAGCCCUCUCUCUCCUGCCAGUUGCUCCUGUAUAUGAACAGCCCUCUCUCUCCUGCCAGUGCUCCUGUAUAUGAACAGCCCUCUCUCUCCUGCCAGUGCUCCUGUCUAUGAACAGCCCUCUCUCUCCUGCCAGUGCUCCUGUAUAUGAACAGCCCUCUCUCUCCUGCCAGUGCUCCUGUAUAUGAACAGCCCUCUCUCUCCUGCCAGUGUCCUGUAUAUGAACAGCCCUCUCUCUCUGCCAGUGCCCCAUGCUCCUGUAUUGAACAGCCCUCUCUCUCCUGCCAGUGCUCCUGUAUAUGAACAGCCCUCUCUCUCCUGCCAGUGCUCCUGUCUAUGAACAGCCCUCUCUCUCCUGCCAGUGCUGCUGUAUAUGAACAGCCCUCUCUCUCAUGCCAGUGCUCCUGUCUAUGAACAGCCCUCUCUCUCCUGCCAUGUGCUCCGGUAUAUGAACAGCCCUCUCUCUCCUGCCAAGUGCUCCUGUAUAUGAACAGCCCUCUCUCUCCUGCCAGUGGCUCAUGCUGCUGUAUAUGAACAGCCCUUCUCUCCUGCCAGUGCUCAUGCUCCUGUAUAUGAACAGCUCUCUCUCUCCUGCCAGUGCUCCUGUCUAUGGAACAGCCCUCUCUCUCCUGCCAGUGCUCUGUAUAUGAACAGCCCUCUCUCUCCUGCCAGUGCUGCUGUAUAUGGAACAGCCCUCCCUCUCCUGCCAGUGCUCCUGUAUAUGAACAGCCCUCUCUCUCCUGCCAGUGCUCCUGUAUAUGAACAGCCCUCUCUCUCCUGCCAGUGCUCCUGUAUAUGAACAGCCCUCUCUCUCCUGCCAGUGCUCCUGUAUAUGAACAGCCCUCUCUCUCCUGCCAGUGCUCCUGUCUAUGAACAGCCCUCUCUCUCCUGCCAGUGCUCCUGUAUAUGAACAGCCCUCUCUCUCCUGCCAGUGCUCUUGUAUAUUACAUUUACAUUUGAGAUUUUAGUCAUUUAGCAGACGCUCUUAUCCAGAGCGACUUACAGUUAGUGAGUGCAUACAUUUUCAUACCUGGCCCCCCGUGGGAAACGAACCCACAACCCUGGCGUUGCAAGGGCCAUGCUCUACCAACUGAGCUACAGGGGACCUCUAUAUGAACAGCCCUCUCUCUCUCCUGCUGUAAUCAUCUCUCUCCUCUUUCUACUGCUCCUGUAGGUCUGCCUAAAGCAGCGGUGGUUAAUCAGAACCGUCUUCUGGCUGCCCUGGCCGUGCUGGACUCCACCGGUGUCACGCCUGGUGAUGUCAUCUACCUCAACCUGCCCCUCUACCACACCGCCGGCUUUAUCAUCGGCUUCAUAGGAUCCAUCGAGACAGGUGAGUUUAUACAGGAUCCAUCGAGACAGGUGAGUUUAUACAGGAUCUAUCGAGGCAGGUGAGUUUAUACAGGAUCCAUCGAGGCAGGUGAGUUUAUACAGGAUCCAUCGAGACAGGUGAGUUUUAUACAGGAUCCAUCGAGACAGGUGAGUUUAUACAGGAUCCAUCGAGGCAGGUGAGUUUAUACAGGAUCCAUCGAGACAGGUGAGUUUAUACAGGAUCCAUCGAGGCAGGUGAGUUUAUACAGGAUCCAUCGAGACAGGUGAGUUUAUACAGGAUCCAUCGAGGCAGGUGAGUUUAUACAGGAUCCAUCGAGACAGGUGAGUUUAUACAGGAUCCAUCGAGGCAGGUGAGUUUAUACAGGAUCCAUCGAGGCAGGUGAGUUUAUACAGGAUCCAUCGAGGCAGGUGAGUUUAUACAGGAUCCAUCGAGACAGGUGAGUUUAUACAGGAUCCAUCGAGACAGGUGAGUUUAUACAGGAUCCAUCGAGACAGGUGAGUUUAUACAGGAUCCAUCGAGACAGGUGAGUUUAUACAGGAUCCAUCGAGACAGGUGAGUUUAUACAGGAAUCCACCGAGACAGGUGAGUUUAUAUAGGAAUCCAUCGAGACAGGUGAGUUUAUACAGAAUCCAUCGGAGGCAGGUGAGUUUAUACAGGAUCCAUCGAGGCAGGUGAGUUUAUACAGGAUCCAUCGAGACAGGUGAGUUUAUUACAGGAUCCAUCGAGACAGGUGAGUUUUAUAACAGGAUCCAUCGAGGCAGGUGAGUUAUACAGGAUCCAUCGAGACAGGUGAGUUUAUACAGGAUCCAUCGAGACAGGUGAGUUUAUACAGGAUCCAUCGAGGCAGGUUGAGUUUAUACAGGAUCCAUCGAGGCAGGUGAAAUUUUAUACAGGAUCAAACGAGGCAGGUGAGUUUAACAGGAUCCAUCGAGACAGGUGAGUUUAUACAGGAUCCAUCGAGGCAGGUGAGUUAUACAGGAUCCAUGAGACAGGUGAGUUUAUACGGAUCCAUCGAGGCAGGUGAUGUUUAACAGGAUCCAUCGAGAAGGUGAGUUUAUACAGGAUCCAUCGAGGCAGGUGAGUUUAUACAGGAUCCAUCGAGGCAGGUGAGUUUAUACAGGAUCCAUCGAGACAGGUGAGUUUUUUACAGGAUCUAUCGAGACAGGUUGGUUUAUAUAGGAUCCAUCGAGACAGGUGAGUUUAUACAGGGUCCAUCGGGGGGAGGUGAGUUUUUUACAGGAUCAUCGAGGCAGGUGAGUUUUUUUACAGGAAUCCAUCGAGGCAGGUGAGUUUAUACAGGAUCCAUCGAGACAGGUGGUUUUUACAGGACCAUCGAGGCAGGGUGAGUUUAUACAGGAUCCAUCGAGACAGGUGAGUUUAUACAGGAUCCAUCGAGACAGGUGAGUUUAUACAGGAUCCAUCGAGGCAGGUGAGUUUAUACAGGAUCCAUCGAGGCAGGUGAGUUUAUACAGGAUCCAUCGAGACAGGUGAGUUAUACAGGAUCCAUCGAGGGACAGGUGAGUUUAUACAGGAUCCAUCGAGACAGGUGAGUUAGUUUAUACAGGAUCCAUCGAGGCAGGUGAGUUUAUACAGGAUCCAUCGAGACAGGUGAGUUUAUACAGGAUCCAUCGAGACAGGUGAGUUUACACUGAGUGUACAAAACAUUAAGAACACCUUCCUAAUAUUGGGUUGCACCCCACCUUUUGCCCUAAGAACAUACUCAAUUUGUCGGGGCAUGGACUCUACAAGGUGUUGAAAGCAUGUUGACUCCAAUGCUUCCCACAUUGUCAAGAUGGCUGGGUGGUGGACCAUUCUUGAUACACACGGGAUAUUGUAUUGUAUGAGGUAGUAGGUGGGUAGUGGGGUAAUAUUGAGGUUAGGUGGGUGGGGGGUUAAUAUGGUAUUAUUGGGUAGGGGAAAUUGGGGGUUUAGUAGGUGGGGAAGGGGUAUAUUGAGGUAGUGGUGGUAGGGGUAUAUGGGCUAGGGGUAUUUGGGUAUUGGGGGGGGGUUAUUGGGGUGUGGUGGGUGGGGUUUUGGGUCUUGGGGGGGGUGGGGGUUAUUGGGUAGUGGUGGGUGUGGGGGUUAUUUGGGUAUAGGUGGUGGGGGUUUUGGUGUGGUGGGUGGUGGGUUAUUGGGGUGUGGUGGGUGGGGGUUUUGGGGUGGUGGGUGGGGUGUUUGAGGUUUUCGGGGUGGGGGGUCUUUGAGGUUUAGGUGGGUAGGUGGUAAUAUGGGUAGUGGUGGGUACGGGGUAAUAUUUUGAGGUUAGGUGGGUUGGGUAAUUUCGGGGUGGGGGGUGGGGUUUUGGGUUUAGGUGGUGGGGGUUUGCGCCGGGGCUCCUUUUGGUUUGGUGGGUAGGGGGUAAUAUUGAGGUAGUAGGUGGGUAGGGGGUAAUAUGAGGUAUUAGGUGGGUACGGGGUAAUAUUUUAUGAGGUAGUUGGUGGGUAGAGGCAAUAUUGAGGUAGUAGGUGUGUAAGGGGUAAUGUUAAGGUCUGUGGCUUGGCCUUUCUAGUUGAAGCCAUUUACUUAGCCAUUUACUCCCCCCCCUCCCACGGAAGGGGAAAUCAAAUGAAAGAGGUCCUUGUGCAUGUAAACCCGGGUUAUCUCAACACAGCCAAAGCCACUGGGCAGAAAAAACAGCAAACGAGUUGGCUCGCCACUUCUUUCUUUUCUGCUCCGUCCCAACUGCCACCCUUUUCUCUUCAGAGUGCACUAAUUUUGACCAAGGCCUAUUGGGCUCUGGUCAAAAGUAGUGCACUGUGUAGGGAAAAGGGUGCCAUUUGAGAUGCCAAUUCUCUUAGUGAGACCGUUUUCCUGAGUUCUCCAAGUGGGCUAUAGUUCAUUUCACUCUUCUGUUUGACCUCAGAGCAGAGUUACUAAUUGAAGGGAUAUUUAAUCACGUGGCGAAAACAAAACAGCCUCUUUUACCUUGUUAUGUCUGAUAGAACUGUGGUUCUGGAAUGUCAGAGUUGGUUUAAGGCCAGCCCAGGUUUCCCCCCUCACCACUUAACAUGACCAGGAAAAUCUCCUGGCUUUAGUUAUAGACUAUGAUUAGGGCCCAGAGUUUCCCCUCACCACGUAAUCUGACCAGGACAGACUCUAGUUAUAGACUAUGAUUAGGGCCCAGAGUUUCCCCUCACCACGUAAUCUGACCAGGACAGACUCUAGUUAUAGACUAUGAUUAGGGCCCAGAGUUUCCCCUCACCACGUAAUCUGACCAGGACAGACUCUAAACAAGACUCUAGUUAUAGACUAUGAUGAGGGCCCAGAGUUUUCCUCCGAUUAGGGCCCAGAGUUUUCCCUCACCACGUAAUCUGACCAGGACAGACUCUAACCAAGACUCUAGUUAUAGACUAUGAUUAGGGCCCAGAGUUUCCCCUCACCACGUAAUCUGACCAGGACAGAUUCUAACCAAGGCUUUAGUUAUAGACUAUGAUUAGGGCCCAGAGUUUCCCCUCACCACGUAAUCUGACCAGGACAGACUCUAACCAAGGCUUUAGUUAUAGACUAUGAUUAGGGCCCAGAGUUUCCCCUCACCACGUAAUCUGACCAGGACAGAUUCUAACCAAGGCUUUAGUUAUAGACUAUGAUUAGGGCCCAGAGUUUCCCCUCACCACGUAAUCUGACCAGGACAGACUCUAACCAAGGCUUUAGUUAUAGACUAUGAUUAGGGCCCAGAGUUUUCCCUCACCACGUAAUCUGACCAGGACAGAUUCUAACCAAGGCUUUAGUUAUAGACUAUGAUUAGGGCCCAGAGUUUCCCCUCACCACGUAAUCUGACCGACCAGGACCAGACUCUAAAACAAGACUCUAGUUAUAGACUAUGAUUAGGGCCCAGAGUUUCCCCUCACCACGUAAUCUGACCAGGACAGACUCUAGUUAUAGACUAUGAUUAGGGCCCAGAGUUUCCCCUCACCACGUAAUCUGACCAGGACAGACUCUAAACAAGACUCUAGUUAUGGUCUAAUGUAUAACUGGGGCCUGGAGGUUGCCCAGAGGUUGAUUGUAAUUGCUCUGGAUAUAACAAUGUUUGAUGCUAAAUGACUAAAAUGUAAAUUGAGACAUUAGAAGGAGCACGCCCCCAUCCACAUCGACAGGGCCGCAUUGGAGAAGGUGAAAAGCUUCAAGUUCCACGGCGUACACAUCACUGACAAUCUGAAAUGGUCUACCCACACAGACAAUGUGGUGAAAGGGUGCAACAGCGCCUCUUCAACCUCAGGAGGCUGAAGAAAUUUGGCUUGGCCCCUCACAAACUUCUACAGAUGCACCAAAAGAUGCACCAUAAUGGAACACUGGUCACUUUAAUAAUGGAACACUGGUCACUUUAAUAAUGGAACACUGGUCACUUUAAUAACAGAACACUGGUCACUUUAAUAAUAGAACACUGGUCACUUUAAUAAUGGAACACUGGUCACUUUAAUAAUGGAACACUGGUCACUUUAAUAAUGGAACACUGGUCACUUUAAUAAUGGAACACUGGUCACUUUAAUAAUGGAACACUGGUCACUUUAAUAAUGGAACACUAGUCACUUUAAUAAUGGAACACUGGUCACUUUAAUAAUGGAACACUGGUCACUUUAAUAAUGGAACACUGGUCACUUUAAUAAUGUUUACAUACCGUUUUACCCAUUUCAUAUGUAUAUACUGUAUUCUAGUCAAGGUCACUACAGGUGCAUCAAAGCUGAGACCGAGAUACUGAAAAACAGCUUCUAUCUCAAGGUCAUCACUGUUAAAUAGUCACCACUAUCUGGCCUACGCCCAGUACCCUGCCCUGAACUUUAGUCACUGUCACUAGACGGCUACCACCCGGUUACUCUACCAUGCACCUUAGAGGCUGCUGCCCUAUGCACAUACAGUGAGGGAAAAAAGUAUUUGAUCCCCUGCUGAUUUUGUACGUUUGCCCACUCACAAAGACAUGAUCAGUCUAUAAUUUUAAUGGUAGGUUUAUUUGAACAGUGAGAGACAGAAUAACAACAACAAAAUCCAGAAAAACGCAUGUCAAAAAUGUUAUAAAUUGAUUUGCAUUUUAAUGAGGGAAUUAAGUAUUUGACCCCUCUGCAAAACAUGACUUAGUACUUGGUGGCAAAACCCUUGUUAGCAAUCACAGAGGUCAGACAUUUCUUGUAGUUGGCCACCAGGUUUGCACACAUCUCAGGAGGGAUUUUGUCCCACUCCUCUUUGCAGAUCUUCUCCAAGUCAUUAAGGUUUCGAGGCUGACGUUUGGCAACUCGAACCUUCAGCUCCCUCCACAGAUUUUCUAUGGGAUUAAGGUCUGGAGACUGGCUAGGCCACUCCAGGACCUUAAUGUGCUUCUUCUUGAGCCACUCCUUUGUUGCCUUGGCCGUGUGUUUUGGGUCAUUGUCAUGCUGGAAUACCCAUCCACGACCCAUUUUCAAUGCCCUGGCUGAGGGAAGGAGGUUCUCACCCAAGAUUUGACGGUACAUGGCCCCGUCCAUCGUCCCUUUGAUGCAGUGAAGUUGUCCUGUCCUCUUAGCAGAAAAACACCCCCAAAGCAUAAUGUUUCCACCUCCAUGUUUGACGGUGGGGAUGGUGUUCUUGGGGUCAUAGGCAGCAUUCCUCCUCCUCCAAACACGGCGAGUUGAGUUGAUGCCAAAGAGCUCGAUUUUGGUCUCAUCUGACCACAACACUUUCACCCAGUCCUCCUCUGAAUCAUUCAGAUGUUCAUUGGCAAACUUCAGACGGCCCUGUAUGUGUGCUUUCUUGAGCAGGGGUACCUUGUGGGCGCUGCAGGAUUUCAGUCCUUCACGGCGUAGUGUGUUACCAAUUGUUUUCUUGGUGACUAUGGUCCCAGCUGCCUUGAGAUCAUUGACAAGAUCCUCCCGUGUAGUUCUGGGCUGAUUCCUCACCGUUCUCAUGAUCAUUGCAACUCCACAAGGUGAGAUCUUGCAUGGAGCCCCAGGCCGAGGGAGAUUGACAGUUAUUUUGUGUUUCUUCCAUUUGCGAAUAAUCGCACCAACUGUUGUCACCUUCUCACCAAGCUGCUUGGCGAUGGUCUUUUAGCCCAAUUCCAGCCUUGUGUAGGUCUACAAUCUUGUCCCUGACAUCCCUGGAGAGCUCUUUGGUCUUGGCCAUGGUGGAGAGUUUGGAAUCUGAUUGAUUGAUUGCUUCUGUGGACAGGUGUCUUUUAUACAGGUAACAAGCUGAGAUUAAGAGCACUCCCUUUAAGCGUGAGCUCCUAAUCUCAGCUCGUUACCUGUAUAAAACUAUGGUUGUACAUACAGUAACUUCGGAAAGUAUUCAGACCCCUUGACUUUUUCCACAUUUUGUUACGUUACAGCCUUAUUCUAAAAUGGAUUAAAUAAAACAAUUUCCUCCCCAAUCUACACACAAUACCCCAUAAUGACAAAGCGAAAACAGGUUUUUAGAUUUUUUUGCAAAUGUAUUAAAAAUAAAAAACAGAAAUAUCAUAUUUACAUAAGUAUUCAGACCCUUUGCUAUGAGACUAGAAAUUGAGCUCAGGUGCAUCCUGUUUCCAUGGAUCAUCCUUGAGUUUUUUCUACAACUUGAUUGGAGUCCACCUGUGGUAAAUUCAAUUGAUUGGACAUGAUUUGGAAAGGCACACACCUGUCUAUAUAAGAUCCCACAGUUGACAGUGCAUGUCAGAGCAAAAACCAAGCCAUGAGGUCGAAGGAAUUGUCCGUAGCGCUCCGAGACAGGAUUGUGUCGCGGCACAGAUCUGGGGAAGGGUGGCAAAAAAAUUCUGCAGCAUUGAAGGUCCCCAAGAACACAGUGGCCUCCAUCAUUCUUAAAUGGAAGAAGUUUGGGAAUGGAAGAAGUUUGGAACCACCAAGACUCUUCCUAGAGCUGGCCGCCCGGCCAAACUGAGCAAUCGGGGGAGAAGGGCCUUGGUCAGGGAGGUGACCAAGAAUCGGAUGGUCACUCUGAAAGAGCUCUAGAGUUCCUCUGUGGAGAUGGGAGAACCUUCCAGAAGGACAACCAUCUCUGCAGCACUCCACCAAUCAGGCCUUUAUGGGAGAGUGGCCGGAGACGGAAGCCUCUCCUCAGUAAAAGGCACAUGACAGCCCACUUGGAUUUUUCCAAAAGACACCUAAAGACUCUCAGACCAUAAGAAACAAGAUUCUCUGGUCUGAUGAAACCAAGAUUGAACUCUUUGGUCUGAAUGCCAAGCGUCACGUCUGGAGGAAACCUGGCACCAUCCCUACGGUGAAGCAUGGUGGUGGAAGCAUCAUGCUUUGGGGAUGUUUUCAGCGGCAGGGACUGGGAGACUAGUCAGGAUCGAGGCAAAGAUGAACAGAGAAAAGUACAGAGAGAUCCUUGAUGAAAACCUGCUCCAGGGCGCUCGGGACCUCAGACUGGGGUGAAGGUUCACCUUCCAACAGGACAACGACUCUAAGCACACAGCCAAGACAACGCAGGAGUGGCUUCGGGACAAAUCUUGGAAUGUCCUUGAGUGGCCCAGCCAGAUCCUGGACUUGAACCCGAUCUAACAUCUCUGGAGAGACCUGAAAAUAGCUGUGCAGCAACACUCCCCAUCCAACCUGACAGAGCUUGAGAGGAUCUGCAGAGAAGAAUGGGAGAAACUCCCCAAAUACAGUUGUGUCAAGCUUUUAGCGUCAUACCCAAGAAGACUCGAGGCUGUAAUUGCUGCCAAAGGUGCUUAAACAAAGUACUGAGUAAAGGGUCUGAAUACUUAUGUAAAUGUGAUAUUUCAGUUUGUUAUUUUUUGUACAUUUGCAAACAUUUCUAAAAACCUGUUUUUGCUUUGUCAUUAGGGGGUAUUGUGCGUAGAUUGAUGAGGGGGGAAAAAACAAUUUUAUCCAUUUUAGAAUAAGUCUGUAACGUAACAAUGUGGAAAAAGUAAAGGGGUCUGAAUACUUUCCGAAUGCACUGUAUGCUAUUCUUCAGAUAUACUACAUAUUCUAUCCAUAUACUGUCCAUAAUGUAUAUACAUCCCAUCAUAUAUAUAUAUAUGUACUGUAUAUAUACUCCGGACAUUGCUCAUCCUAAUAUUUAUAUAUUUCUUAAUUCCAUUAUUUUACUUUUUAGAUUUGUGUGUAUUGUUGUGUAUUAGAGAUUACUGCACUGUUGGAGCUAGGAACACAAGCAUUUCACUACACCCGCAAUAACAUCUGCUAAAUAUGUGAAUGCGACCAAUAAAGUUUUAUUUGAAAUGUCCUGGUCAGGUCACGUGGUUAGGAAUAACUCCCAAGCUGAUUAUGAUGCACAUGCAGUACCAGCUCACGGGUGCAGAUUUACGGGACAUUUUGGUACUGAAGUGAAUACAACAGGUUCACAGCAUGUGUGGCAACAUUUCUGCUCUCACGGCCGCUACAAGGUCCCCGUUUUACAGCAUGUACCUCAUUUAUAAGAGCUCUGUCUUGUUUCAUUCCUGUGCCUGAACUAAUACCCGCGCCUGCGUGUUAGGGUGUUUGGCGAUGACCAUGUACACAAUGCUGACUUACCAUAACAGUUUUGUCAACACUGCUGACUUACCAUGACAGUUUUGUCAGCAUUUCAGUUCUGCCAUUGUUUGAUAUGAAGCUAUAUCACCUGCAUGUUCUUCAAACCGAUCUUUUCAUUGUUCCUCUUUCAUCUCUUCUAUCUGUCUGUGUUCCAGGCUCGACCAUCAUUCUGAGGAGGAAGUUCUCGGCCUCUCAGUUCUGGGAUGAGUGCAGGAAGUACAACGUUACCGUGGUCCAGUACAUAGGAGAGGUCUUACGCUACCUCUGUAACACACCCAAGGUAAGCAACCUCAGCUGCAAGCUCUAUACAACGGGACCUUCGUUUUGUCAUUCAUCAUUAUUACUAGCUUAUGACAUAGUAAUUCCAUAGUAGUUGCUGUGGUUCUAGCAUCAUGUCCAGGGGGUUUAUGACAUAGUAAUUACAUAGGAGUUGCUAUGGUUCUAGCAUCCUGUCCAGGAGGUUUAUGACAUAGUCAUUACAUAGUAGUUGCUGUGGUUCUAGCAUCCUGUCCAGGGGUUUAUGACAUAGUAAUUACAUAGUAGUUGCUAUGGUUCUAGCAUCCUGUCCAGGGGGUUUAUGACAUAGUAAUUACAUAGUAGUUGCUAUGGUUCUAGCAUCCUGUCCAGGGGGUUUAUGACAUAGUAAUUCCAUAGUAGUUGCUAUGGUUCUAGCAUCCUGUCAGGGGGUUUAUGACAUAGUAAUUACAUAGUAGUUGCUAUGGUUCUAGCAUCAUGUCCAGGGGGUUUAUGACAUAGUAAUUACAUAGUAGUUGCUAUGGUUCUAGCAUCCUGUCCAGGAGGUUUAUGACAUAGUCAUUACAUAGUAGUUGCUGUGGUUCUAGCAUCCUGUCCAGGGGCUUUAUGACAUAGUAAUUACAUAGUAGUUGCUAUGGUUCUAGCAUCCUGUCCAGGAGGUUUAUGACAUAGUAAUUACAUAGUAGUUGCUAUGGUUCUAGCAUCCUGUCCAGGGGGUUUAUGACAUAGUAAUUACAUAGUAGUUGCUAUGGUUCUAGCAUCCUGUCCAGGGGGUUUAUGACAUAGUAAUUCCAUAGUAGUUGCUAUGGUUCUAGCAUCCUGUCCAGGGGGUUUAUGACAUAGUAAUUACAUAGUAGUUGCUAUGGUUCUAGCAUCCUGUCCAGGGGGUUUAUGACAUAGUAAUUACAUAGUAGUUGCUAUGGUUCUAGCAUCCUGUCCAGGGGGUUUAUGACAUAGAAAUUCCAUAGUAGUUGCUAUGGUUCUAGCAUCCUGUCCAGGGGGUUUAUGACAUAGUAAUUCCAUAGUAGUUGCUAUGGUUCUAGCAUCCUGUCCAGGGGGUUUAUUUGCACAUCAAGCUGCCUCAUGCCACAUAAGCAGGAGAUAUGGACCCUUUCUGUCUCGGACAAGGCUUACUUAUUCUCUCAGGUACAGGGUAUAUGGCUGACCAGCCAUGUUUUCAGCCAUGUUUCAGACAAGGAUUUGAAAGUAUUUGACAUUAUAUUUUUGACCGAGUGCUGUAGAGUACACACUAAUAAUAAUAACAUGCUAGUAGGCCACUUGGCAGCAUGCAGGGGCCAUGAGGAACCCAUGCGGGGGCCAUGCUGGAAUCAAACUCCACUUCCUGGUGUUUCCCAUGUGGGGGCCAUGCUGGAAUCAAACUCCACUUCCUGGUGUUUCCCAUGCGGGGGCCAUGCUGGAAUCAAACUCCACUUCCUGGUGUUUCCCAUGUGGGGGCCAUGCUGGAAUCAAACAUCACAUCUCUGGUGUUUCCCAUCUGGGGGCCAUGCUGGAAUCAAACCUCACAUCUCUGGUGUUUCCCAUGCAGGGGCCAUGCUGGAAUCAAACCUCACAUCUCUGGUGUUUCCCAUGUGGGGGCCAUGCUGGAAUCAAACCUCACAUCUCUGGUGUUUCCCAUGCAGGAACCAUGCUGGAAUCAAACAUCACAUCUCUGGUGUUUCCCAUGCAGGGGCCAUGCUGGAAUCAAACCUCACAUCUCUGGUGUUUCCGGCAGCAUCCAUGCUCUAACCCACUGAGCUAUGGUGAACCCAAGUGUUAGACUAGUGUCACAGACUAGUGUCACAGACUAGUGUCACAGACUAGUGUUACAGACUAGGGUUUCAGUAGUGCAAGAUAGGCAGGUAGUGUCACAGACUAGUGUCACAGAUGGUUUUACUGACUAGUGUACAGACAGGUAUGACUAGUUUUAAGACUAGGGGACAGACUAGGGUUUACAGACUAGUGUUUUCAGUAGUGUCACAGUAGUGAAGAUAGUUUAGACUAGGCACAGAUGUGUUACAGACUAGUGUUUAGACUAUGUUACGACUGUGUACAGACUAGGUUUUCAGACUAGUGUCACAGAUAGUGUUACCGAUAGUGUCCAGACAGUGUCACAGAUAGUGUUACAGAUAGUGUUACGCUGUGUCACGAUGUUCAAGAAUAGUGUUCGAUGUGUAAAAGUGGUCACAGACUAGGUUACGAUAGUGUCACAGACUAGUGACAGACUAGUGUUACAGUUGUUACAAUAGUGUCACAGAUAGUGAUAAGACUAGGCACAGCUAGUGUCACCGACUGUGUCACAGAUAGGUUCAGAUAUGUUUCAGAUAGUGUUACAGAUAGGUCCAGCUAGUGACAGAUAGUGUUAAGACUAGUGUACAGACUAGUACCAGACUAGUGUCACAGAUAGUGUUACAGUUAGGGGUUACAGAAGUGUCCCCGAUAGUGUCCCAGAAGUGUUUCCGACUAGUGUUACAGGGUAGUGUUUCAGAUGUGUCACAGAUAUGAUAAGCUAGUGUCACAGACUAGUGUCACCGAUAGUGCACAGAUAGUGUACAGACAGGUUCAGACUAGUGUUUCGAUAGUGUUACGAUAGUGUAAAGAUAGGUCCCAGACUAGUGUCACCCAUAGUGUUUCAGAUGUGUUAAGACUGUGUCACAGACUAGUGAAAGAUGUGUCAAGACUAGUGUCACCGAUAGGGAAGACUAGUUUACAAAAUAGUGUCUCAGCUGGUUUUUAAGACUAGUGUUUCAGUAGUGUCACAGAUAGGUCCCAGAUAGGUCCCAGCCUAGGUUUCAGGGCUAGGUUUUCAGACAGUGUCACAGACUAGGUCACAGAUGUGUUACAGACUAGUGUUUCCCACUGGUCACGACGGUACAGAAGUGUCACAGAUAGUGUACGACUAGGUCACAGACUUUUUGGGACUAGUGUCAAGAUAGUGUAAGGUAGUGUCACAGACUAGUGUUACAGACUAGUGACAGAUAUGUUAAGAUAGGUUACGACUAGGUCACAGUAGUGUCACAGACUAUUGUUACAGACUAGGUUUAGUGUGUCGCAGGGUAGUGUACAGAUGGUCACAGAAGUGUCACAGACAGUGUUUGACCGUGUACAGAUAGGUCACAGACUAGGUUCAACUAGUGUUUCCGACUGGUCACAGACUAGGUACAGAUAGGUCACAGAUAGGUUACAGAUAGGUUUCAGACUAGGGUUUAAAAUAGUAUACAGACUAGGGUCAAGACUGGUACGACUAGUGUUAAAGAUAGUGUCACAGACAGGUCACAGACUGUGUUUCAGACUAGUGUUUCAGACUAGUGUCAAGCUAGUGUACAGAAUAGGCACAGAUAGUGUUACAGACAGUGUUACAACUAGGUUACAGGGGUAGUGUUACGACUAGUUCAAGACUAGUGUUUUAGUAGUGUUACGAAAGUGAAGAAGUGCACCCUUUCACCCUUUCUCGACUGGUCACCGUAUGUUCCCCUAUGUCACAGUAUUCCGACUAGUUUCACAGCUGUGUAAACUUGUUCCGCUUUUUCCCCCGCCCCAGUGUCCCCUUGUACGAUGGGUUAAGAAGUGUACAGUAGGUUACAGAUAGGUUUCAGAUGUGUCACAGAUAGGUAAGACUAGUGUUACGAUGUGUCCCCACUGGUACGACUAGGUUACAGACUGGUCCCCAAGUGUUACAGAUGGUUACCCGGGUAGUGUCACAGACUAGUUUACAGGGCUAGUGUAAGAUAAUGUCAAGACUAGUGUACGACUAGGGUUACGACUAGGUCAAGAUAGUUUACAGAUAGUGUACAGGGUAGUGUUACCGACUAGUGUUACAGACUAGUGUUACAGACUAGUGUCACAGACUAGUGUCACAGACUAGUGUUACAGACUAGUGUUACAGACUAGUGUCACAGACUAGUAUUACAGACUAGUGUUACAGACUAGUGUUACCGACUAGUGUUACAGACUAGUGUCACAGACUAGUGUUACAGACUAGUGUCACAGACUAGUGUCACAGACUAGUGUUACAGACUAGUGUUACAGACUAGUGUCACAGACUAGUGUCACAGACUAGUGUUACAGACUAGUGUCACAGACUAGUGUUACAGACUAGUGUCACAGACUACAUUUUACAUUUUAUUCAUUUAGCAGACGCUCUUAUAGUGUUACAGACUAGUGAAGCCAGGUGUGGUUUACUCCCAGACUUUGUGGCGCGAACUGCUCCUUCUGUUUGUCCAAUCAGACCGAGACCCUCUCGGCCACUUCCAAAACUCUCCAGCUAGGUUGUCUUACAACCCGGCCACAGCUGUAGCGUCGGAAAUAGAUUCACUGUGUCACCUUACUGUUAUCAAUAUCACUGACCUGGAAUGUUCUAAGGUGAUAUUUUCUAUUGAGUUGGAUUGAAUCCAGACAGAUGAUCGAGUUCAACAUUUCAUCGAUAGGUUAGGUUUUAAUCUGGAUAUUAUAGUAGCAGAUGUUUCUCAUGUGCCUCUUUUUUUUUUUACGGUAAAAAUAUGCAGGCGGUUAUGAGAGACGCCAUUUUAUGGAAGAUGCCAUCACCUUGUAUUUUCUGGACUAGGCUACAUGCAGGCAGUUCUGUCUUCUUCUCAUCACCAAAUCUCCCAAAAGGAGCCUUUCCCCAAAAUGUAUGGGGGGAGACUUAAAAUACUUUUCUGACCAGCAUCCCAUUGACCGCUCAACUAGCCCAAACCCUAACCAUAACCCUAACCCUAACCCUAACCAUAACCCUAACCCUAACCCUAACCAUUACCUUAACCCUAACCCUAACCCUAACCCUAACUCUAACCCUAACCCUAACCCUAACUCUAACCCUAACUCCAACCCUAAACUAAUUUGAACCAAUUCAGAAAUGAAAUAUUGGUUUGCACGUCAUCCACGUCCCCUUACUUGUUAUGUCAUAUUUCAGGGCCCUGAAAGGCGUGUCCUGGAGAGCAAUGUAAACAUUCUGUGUUCCGCCAUUUGAAACUGAACCCCUCUCCACGUACAGACACACCAUGUGACCCUCCCACAGCCUAGUGGUCUAGAGUUGCAUCUGAAAUGGCACCCUAUUCCCUAUAUAGUUUCACCAGGGCAAAAGUAGUGGACUACAGUAUAUAGGGAAUAGGGUGUCAUUUAGGACCCACCCUCGUGGUUCUGAUCUGGUGGUCCUCUCGGAAUAGCUAGUGGCCUUUACUUAGGAACUCUACCAUGUGGAAUGACAGUCAGUGGUAGGCUGAGGCUUGGGCUGGGGCUGGGGCUGAGGCUGGGGCUGAGGCUGGGGCUUGGGCUGAGGCUGGGGCUGAGGCUGGGGCUGAGGCUGAGGCUGAGGCUGGGGCUGGGGCUGAGGCUGGGGCUGAGGCUUGGGCUGCGGCUGGGGCUGAGGCUGGGGCUGAGGCUGGGGCUGAGGCUUGGACUGGGGCUGAGGCUGGGAAACCAUAUCUCUGCGUCAGGGAAGGGGAAUGUAAUCAUGUAUUGCGGGUCAUGUAUUCGAACCUUUCAUUGGAUAGUUCAAAAUAAUGUUAGGUUAGAAUGUUAUAGAACGUUAGGUUAGAAUGUUAUAGAAUGUUAGGUUAGAAUGUUAAUAGAACCUAAUAGAAUGUUAGGUUAGAAUGUUAUAGAAUGUUAGGUUAGAAUGUUAUAGAAUGUUAGGUUAGAAUGUUAAUAGAACCUAAUAUAAUGUUAGGUUAGAAUGUUAUAGAAUGUUAGGUUAGAAUGUUAUAGAAUGUUAGGUUAGAAUGUUAAUAGAACCUAAUAUAAUGUUAGGUUAGAAUGUUAUAGAAUGUUAAUAGAACCUAAUAUAAUGUUAGGUUAGAAUGUUAUAGAAUGUUAGGUUAGAAUGUUAGGUUAGAAUGUUAAUAGAACCUAAUAGAAUGUUAGCUUACAAUGUUAGUUUUCAUUUCAGUUGUUUCCAAAUGACUUUUGGAACUGAAUGUACUGUACCUACAUAUACUGUAGAAUGUAUAGAAAAUGAAAGAUAUUGAAAGGUAUUGAAAAGGAAAGAUAUUGAAAGGUAUUGAAAAGGAAAGAUAUUGAAAGGUAUUGAAAAGGAAAGAUAUUGAAAGGUAUUGAAAAGGAAAGAAAUUGAAAGGUAUUGAAAAGGAAAGAUAUUGAAAGAUAUUGAAAAGGAAAGAUAUUGAAAGAUAUUGAAAAGGAAAGAUAUUGGUUGCCUGACGACUUAAACUGAAUUGUUCCGCUGCCCUGUGUUCGCUACAUACUUCAGUCUGAGACUGCCAUCGCUGAAGUCGUUUGUGGUGACAUCAAAAUGAGGGGUGUUGUACAAAACAAAGUCAUCAGCGAUUGGAUCAUCUCUAACCAAUCAGAGUAUCAAUGCCAAUUACGCAUUUUCAAAACGUAGCUUUAUCCACGUGUGUUCUGUCUCUGGCUCAACCCAUUGGUUUCUGGGACCAAUCAGAAAGUUUAGAAUGUGUUUGCGUUCUAGAAAUUGACAGGGAGGUACUCAGAUCCAGACUCAUCGCAGAGAAGAAACUAACGUCCGUGGGCGUGGCCUAGCGUUUGGCCAGUGCAAGGAGUUUGGGAAGCCAGGCAAAGAUAUUGGUACUUUAAGGUUUUGAUUUUCAUUCUGAAAACAAUUUUUGACGGCAAGGUCGUACUGAGGUUACAUGAUUUCCAUUUGAGUUGUUUUUAAAAUGUCUGUUUUACUGCCUGGUACUCAAACCACAGGAUAUUUUCCAGGUAUUGGUAAUACACUAUAUGGCUGUUCAAAUGAAAAUCAGAAUUAGAAAAACAUUAUUGUUCACCCAAUGAGUAAAUGUGUGUUUGUCUUCACAAUAACAUGAUUGACAUAAAAAAUAAAAAUAAACAUUGAAAAAGAUGAAUGUUUCUGUUUUCUCCCAACGUUCCAGAGAGACAACGACAGAGAGCACAAAGUCAGGCUGGCCAUUGGUAACGGUGUGAGAGCAGAGAUAUGGAAGGAGUUCCUCAACCGCUUUGGGAACAUGGACGUGAGGGAGUUUUAUGCUUCAACUGAGGGCAACGUGGGAUUCGUCAACUACACCGGGAAGAUAGGAGCUAUCGGACGAGUCAACUACCUACACCGGGUAAGGACUGACUCCUGAACAGCCCUGACUCCUGGGGCCAGGAUUCAUAAUGCCUCUCAGAGUAGGAGUGCUGAUCUCGGAUCAGGUCCCCCCCUGUUCAUUAAAUCUUAUUCAUUAUGAUCUAAAAGGUCAAAUUGAUCCUAGAUCAGCACUCUUUACUCUGAGACACUUUAUGAAUAAGGGGACUGAAGAUCUGACUUCUAAGAACCAGGGUUGGGGACAAUUCCAUUUAAUAUCAGUUACUGAAUUGAAAUGGAAUUGACCCCAACUCUACUGAGAUAUCAUGCUUCCCUCUACAUUUACAUCACAUUUUAGUCAUUUAGAAAACGCUCUUAUCCAAGACUCACUUACAGUUAGUAACGUUUAUCUUAGGAUAGCUAGAUACUUUUAUUUGUAUUAAAUUGGUAAAGGUUUUACGUUGUAGAAAAUGUACAUUGGACAUUUUACCAGGUCCGAAAAUCAACUGAAAUACCGUGCCUUUAUCACAGUGAUGUCUCUCCUCUCCCUCUUAUAGAAGCUGUUUCACUAUGUUCUGAUCAUGGUGUCUCUCCCUCUUAUAGAAGCUGUUUCACUAUGUUCUGAUCAUGGUGUCUCUCCCUCUUAUAGAAGCUGUUUCACUAUGUUCUGAUCAUGGUGUCUCUCCCUCUUAUAGAAGCUGUUUCCUUAUGCUCUGAUUAAAUACGACACAGAGAGAGAUGAACCAAUCAGAGACUCUACCGGACUGUGUGUAGAAGCUCCUAAAGGUGAGAUACUCUUUCAUAGGUGUGUUAGUGUUGGGCAGGAACAAAAGCCUGCACCCACUGUACUCUAGCUCUCCAGGGCUGGAGUUGGAGGCUCGUUCUGUACUGUUUAUUCAUUUAUUAAUUGCUUUUAUUCAACCAGGGAGGUUAUUGUGGUCACAUUCUGGUUUACAAUAAUGACCUGAAAAUCACACAGAUCUCAAUGUAUAUUAUGCUAUUCAUGUGUGUGUGUAUGGCCCUUUCCCUAAGGCAGAGACUGUGUAGGUCUACAUUAUGGUGUGUGUGUCUUCCUGAAGGUGAGACAGGACUGUUGGGUGUAGGUCUACAUUAUGGUGUGUGUGUCUUCCUGAAGGUGAGACAGGACUGUUGGGUGUAGGUCUACAUUAUGGUGUGUGUGUCUUCCUGAAGGUGAGACAGGACUGUUGGAGUAGGUCUACAUUAUGGUGUGUGUGUCUUCAAGAAGGUGAGACAGGAUUGUUGGAGUAGGUCUACAUUAUGGUGUGUGUGUCUUCCUGAAGGUGAGACAGGACUGUUGGAGUAGGUCUACAUUAUGGUGUGUGUGUGACUUCAAGAAGGUGAGACAGGACUGUUGGGUGUAGGUCUACAUUAUGGUGUGUGUGUGUGUCUUCCUGAAGGUGAGACAGGACUGUUGGUGUCGAAGAUCACAGACAUCGCUCCUUUUGUUGGAUACGCUAAGAACAGCCAGCAGACAGAGAAGAAGAGACUGAGAGACGUGUUUCAGAAAGGAGAUCUGUACUUUAACAGUGGAGACCUGCUGAAGAUAGACCAGGACAACUUUAUUUACUUUCAGGAUCGAGUCGGAGAUACAUUCAGGUACAUAUCCUGACCUACAGUAUGACUUUCCAAAUAUAUGGAACCAUACUCUAUUAUAUUCUAUGAUAUUAUAUUGACUGGAGUUGUAUUGACCCCUACAGGUGGAAGGGAGAGAACAUAUUAUAUGAUAUUGACUGGAGUUGUAUUGACCCCUACAGGUGGAAGGGAGAGAACGUGGCCACAACUGAAGUAGCUGACAUCCUCACCCUGAUAGACUUUGUCCAAGAGGCGAAUGUCUACGGCGUCCAAGUACCAGGUAAAUCUAACCCUAACCUUAAUCCAAGUACCAGGUAAAUCUAACACUAACCUUAAUCCAAGUACCAGGUAAAUCUAACCCUAACCUUAAUCCAAGUACCAGGUAAAUCUAACCCUAACCUUAAUCCAAGUACCAGGUAAAUCUAACCCUAACCUUAAUCCAAGUACCAGGUAAAUCUAACCCUAACCUUAAUCCAAGUACCAGGUAAAUCUAACCCUAACCUUAAUCCAAGUACCAGGUAAAUCUAACCCUUACCUUAAUCCAAGUACCAGGUAAAUCUAACCCUUACCUUAAUCCAAGUACCAGGUAAAUCUAACCCUUACCUUAAUCCAAGUACCAGGUAAAUCUAACCCUUACCUUAAUCCAGUACCAGGUAAUCUAACCCUAACUCUAAUCAAGUACCAGGUAAAUCUACACCCUAACCUUAAUCCAAGUACCAGUAAAUCUAACCCUUACCUUAAUCCAAGUACCAGGUAAAUCUAUCCACUUACCUUAAUCCAAGUACCAGGUAAAUCUAACCCAACCUUAAUCCAAGUACCAGGUAAUCUAACCCUAACAUUAAUCCAAGUACCAGGUAAAUCUAACCCUAACCUUAAUCCAAGUACCAGGUAAAUCUAAACACCCUUACUUAUCCAACAGUACCAGGUAAAUAUAACCCUUCCCUUAAUCCAAAAGUACCAGGUAAAUUAACCCACCUAUCCAAAAGUUACCAGGUAAAUCUACCGAACCGUAAUACAAGUCCAGGUACAUCUAACCCUUUACCUUAUCCAAGUACCAGGUAAAUCUAACCCUAACCUUAAUCCACGUACCAGUAAAAUCUAACCCUACAUAAUCCAAGUACCAGGUAAAUCUAACCCUGAACCUUAAUCCAAGUUACCAGGUAAAUUAACUUACCUAAUCCAAGUACCAGGUAAAUCUAACCCUACCUUAAUCCAAGUACCAGGUAAAUCUAACCCAACCUUAACCAAGUACCAGUGUAAAUCUAACCUAAGGAAUCCAAGAUUACCAGGUAAAUACUAAACCCUUUAACUUAAUCCAAAGUAACCAGGUUAAAUCUAACCCUUACCUUAAUCCAAGUACCAGGUAAAUCUAACCCUUACCUUAAUCCAAGUACCAGGUAAAUCUAACCCUUACCUUAAUCCGUCCAGGUUAAAAUCUAACCCUGACCUUAAGGAAGUACCAGGUAAAUCUAACCCUUACCUAAUCCAAGUACCAGGGUAAUCUAACCCAUACCUAAUCCAAGUACCAGGUAAAUCUAACCUUUACCUUAAUCCAAGUACCAGGUAAAUCUAACCCUUACCUUAAUGCAAGUACCAGGUAAAUAUAACCCUUACCUUAAUCCAAGUACCAGGUAAAUCUAACCCUUACCUUAAUGCAAGUACCAGGGAACCCUAACCCUAACCUUGAUCGAGGGACCAGGUAACCCUAAUCUUGAUCCAAGUACCAGGUAACAUUAACUCGAACGCAAACAGUGGCAAUUGGACCUAAGCCUUCCAACACGUUGUACCAAACUAAAAAAUCUAGAAAAAUAACAGAAACAUAGCAUCACUUAAUGCACCCAACUAAAUGAAACAGGCCUGAGGCCGAGCCAUGGUUGGGUCUGCCACUCACACAGAGGCAGCACCCUCAUGGAUAAUGCUACCAACAACCACAACCACGCUGCUUACACAGCCUGUGGUAGCCUGACGCCAUCACUAUCACACUAUCACCACGACAACAACAGUGACACAUCAGAGGAUGUGUGUUUGACAGGCUGGUGAUGCUGAAAGAACAGUGACUGUAAUAUGCAGCGCGCCAUGUAGGAGAGAACACACAUAGGGUUUAUAGAAAGAGAGCAGUCACACUCAACAUGGUGUAAAAAAAAAAAAAAUCCCCCCAAAAUCUGUUAGUUUAAGAUAGAGAUAUCUUGCAUUGGAUGCGUCUCAAUCCACCACAUCCGCCGAUGUCACACUUCCGCAUCUGCGGUGAAAGGUGGCAGAGGAAGUUUGAAACCACCAAGACUCUUCCUAGAGCUGGCCGCCCAGCCAAACUGAGCAAUUGGAGGAUAAGGGCCUUGGUCAGGGAGGUGACCAAGAACCCGAUGGUCACUCUGACAGAGCUCCAGAGUUAUUCUGUCGAGAUGGGAGAACCUGCCAGAAGGACGACCAUCUCUGCAGCACUCCACCAAUCAGGCAUUUAUGGUGGAGUGGCCAGACGGAAGCCACUCCUCAGUAAAAGGCACAUGACAGCUCGCUUGGAGUUUGCCAAAAGGCACCUAAAGGACUCUCAGACCAUGAGAAACAAGAUUCUCUGGUCUGAUGAAACCAAGAUUGAACUCUUUGGCCUGAAUGCCAAGUGUCACGUCUGGAGGAAACCUGGCAGCAUCCCUACGGUGAAGCAUGGUGGUGGCAGCAUCAUGCUGUGGGGAUGUUUUUCAGCGGCUGGGACUGGGAGACUAGUCAGGAUAGAGGGAAAGAUGAACGGAGCAAAGUACAGAGAGAUCCUUGUCAUUAUGGGGUAUUGUGUGUAGAUUGAUGAGGGGGGGGGGGGUAUUGAAUCCGUUUUAGAAUAAGGCUGUAUCUUAACAACAUGUGGAAAAAGUCAAGGGGUCAGAAUACUAUCCAAAUACACUGCAAAAAGCCAGUAGGUCCCAGUCAUAAGAAUACAAAAACACAACCAUUAGGCUAAGCAUUUCCCAAUCGAAAUGUACAACAAUCACUUCCCAUUGCAAACAUAUUUUUCACAUUCAGCACACAAAGUAACCGGUGCUCUAAAGUUUAACCGGUGCUCUAAAGUUUAACCGGUGCUCUAAAGUUUAACUGGUGCUCUAAAGUUUAACUGGUGCUCUAAAGUUUAACUGGUGCUCUAAAGUUUAACUGGUGCUCUAAAGUUUAACCGGUGCUCUAAAGUUUAACCGGUGCUCUAAAGUUUAACUGGUGCUCUAAAGUUUAACUGGUGCUCUAAAGUUUAACUGGUGCUCUAAAGUUUAACCGGUGCUCUAAAGUUUAACUGGUGCUCUAAAGUUUAACUGGUGCUCUAAAGUUUAACUGGUGCUCUAAAGUUUAACUGGUGCUCUAAAGUUUAACUGGUGCUCUAAAGUUUAACUGGUGCUCUAAAGUUUAACUGGUGCUCUAAAGUUUAACUGGUGCUCUAAAGUUUAACUGGUGCUCUAAAGUUUAACUGGUGCUCUAAAGUUUAACGGUGCUCUAAAGUUUAACCGGUGCUCUAAAGUUUAACUGGUGCUCUAAAGUUUAACUGGUGCUCUAAAGUUUAACUGGUGCUCUAAAGUUUAACCGGUGCUCUAAAGUUUAACUGGUGCUCUAAAGUUUAACUGGUGCUCUAAAGUUUAACCGGUGCUCUAAAGUUUAACUGGUGCUCUAAAGUUUAACCAGUGCUCUAAAGUUUAAAAACUACAACAAUGUUUCGCAGACGUUCUUUUCAACGCGAUAGCUAAAAACAGCAAGCGAGCUGAUAUAAGAACCACUGUUCCACUCACCAGACGAUGAUCAUUUGAAACUUAACUUCUUGUUGAAAGUUUUAGUGGAAUUAUCUUCUGGUGUUUGUUUCAUUAGUCCACUGUUGAUACAGUCCCAAAAUGUUUUGCAUGUCAGCAGUCAAGUUUAAAAUAACUUUAAAAUACAGAAAGUGUCACAGUAUGAUGCGUUCUGAUUGUUUAGUUGUUGGAAUGAGUGAUUGUUGUGUUCUGAUUGUUUAGUUGUUGGAAUGAGUGAUUGUUGCGUUCUGAUUGUUCAGUUGUAGGAAUGAGUGAUUGUUGCGUUCUGAUUGUUCAGUUGUUGGAAUGAGUGAUUGUUGCGUUCUGAUUGUUUAGUUGUUGGAAUGAGUGAUUGUUGUGUUCUGUCUCCAAGGCCACGAGGGGAGGAUUGGAAUGGCUGCCGUCACGGUGAAGGAGGGAGAACAGUUUGAUGGCAACAAAACGUUCAGCCAUGUAGCCAGCUACUUACCGCCAUAUGCACGGCCACGCUUCAUACGCAUUCAGGUAACUAUUGAAAAGUCUUUCUUCUUACAUUACAUUAUUAAUUGUAGACAAUUCAUAUUAUUAUAUAUUAGAAAGUAGAAUCAACAUUUUUGCUUUUGUCUCAACCUACGGGUUGAAAAAUGGAGCAUAUAUCAGAGUGUGUGUGGACCAAUGUUCCCUCUAAGCUGCGGGCAGGCGCGCAGUAGCCCAGAGACUACCAUGCAGUAGCCCAGAGACUACCAUGCAGUAGCCCUGAGACUACCAUGCAGUAGCCCAGAGACUACCAUGCAGUAGCCCAGAGACUACCAUGCAGUAGCCCAGAGACUACCAUGCAGUAGCCCAGAGACUACCAUGCAGUAGCCCAGAGUCUACCACGCAGUAGCCCAGAGACUACCACGCAGUAGCCCAGAGACUACCACGCAGUAGCCCAGAGACUACCACACAGUAGCCCAGAGACUACCACGCAGUAGCCCAGAGACUACCACGCAGUAGCCCAGAGUCUACCAUGCAGUAGCCCAGAGACUACCAUGCAGUAGCCCUGAGACUACCAUGCAGUAGCCCAGAGACUACCAUGCAGUAGCCCAGAGUCUACCACGCAGUAGCCCAGAGACUACCAUGCAGUAGCCCAGAGACUACCAUGCAGUAGCCCAGAGUCUACCAUGCAGUAGCCCAGAGACUACCAUGCAGUAGCCCUGAGACUACCAUGCAGUAGCCCAGAGACUACCAUGCAGUAGCCCAGAGUCUACCACGCAGUAGCCCAGAGACGACCAUGCAGUAGCCCAGAGACUACCAUGCAGUAGCCCAGAGUCUACCAUGCAGUAGCCCAGAGACUACCAUGCAGUAGCCCUGAGACUACCAUGCAGUAGCCCAGAGACUACCAUGCAGUAGCCCAGAGACUACCAUGCAGUAGCCCAGAGACUACCAUGCAGUAGCCCAGAGUCUACCAUGCAGUAGCCCAGAGACUACCAUGCAGUAGCCCAGAGACUACCAUGCAGUAGCCCAGAGUCUACCACGCAGUAGCCCAGAGACUACCAUGCAGUAGCCCAGAGUCUACCAUGCAGUAGCCCAGAGACUACCAUGCAGUAGCCCUGAGACUACCAUGCAGUAGCCCAGAGACUACCAUGCAGUAGCCCAGAGACUACCAUGCAGUAGCCCAGAGACUACCAUGCAGUAGCCCAGAGACUACCAUGCAGUAGCCCAGAGUCUACCACGCAGUAGCCCAGAGACUACCACGCAGUAGCCCAGAGACUACCACGCAGUAGCCCAGAGACUACCACACAGUAGCCCAGAGACUACCACGCAGUAGCCCAGAGACUACCAUGCAGUAGCCCAGAGACUACCACGCAGUAGCCCAGAGACUACCAUGCAGUAGCCCAGAGACUACCAUGCAGUAGCCCAGAGACUACCAUGCAGUAGCCCAGAGACUACCAUGCAGUAGCCCAGAGUCUACCAUGCAGUAGCCCAGAGACUACCAUGCAGUAGCCCUGAGACUACCAUGCAGUAGCCCAGAGACUACCAUGCAGUAGCCCAGAGACUACCAUGCAGUAGCCCAGAGACUACCAUGCAGUAGCCCAGAGACUACCACGCAGUAGCCCAGAGUCUACCACGCAGUAGCCCAGAGACUACCACGCAGUAGCCCAGAGACUACCACGCAGUAGCCCAGAGACUACCACGCAGUAGCCCAGAGACUACCACGCAGUAGCCCAGAGACUACCACGCAGUAGCCCAGAGACGACCAUGCAGUAGCCCAGAGACUACCAUGCAGUAGCCCAGAGACGACCAUGCAGUAGCCCAGAGACUACCAUGCAGUAGCCCAGAGAGACCAUGCAGUAGCCCAGAGACUACCACGCAGUAGCCCAGAGACUACCACGCAGUAGCCCAGAGACUACCACGCAGUAGCCCAGAGACUACCACGCAGUAGCCCAGAGACUACCACGCAGUAGCCCAGAGACGACCAUGCAGUAGCCCAGAGACUACCAUGCAGUAGCCCAGAGACUACCAUGCAGUAGCCCAGAGACGACCAUGCAGUAGCCCAGAGACUACCAUGCAGUAGCCCAGAGAGACCAUGCAGUAGCCCAGAGACUACCGUGCAGCUCCCGGGACUACCAUGCAGUAGCCCAGAGACUACCAUGCAGUAGCCCAGAGACUACCAUGCAGUAGCCCAGAGACUACCAUGCAGUAGCCCAGAGACGACCAUGCAGUAGCCCAGAGACUACCGUGCAGCUCCCGGGACUACCAUGCAGUAGCCCAGAGACUACCAUGCAGUAGCCCAGAGACUACCAUGCAGUAGCCCAGAGACUACCAUGCAGUAGCCCAGAGACUACCAUGCAGUAGCCCAGAGACUACCGUGCAGUAGCCCAGAGACUACCGUGCAGUAGCCCAGAGACUACCGUGCAGUAGCCCAGAGACUACCAUGCAGUAGCCCAGAGACUACCAUGCAGUAGCCCAGAGACGACCAUGCAGUAGCCCAGAGACUACCAUGCUGGGGGGGGGGGGGGGGGGGGGGGGAUAAUGGGAAUAAUAAUAAUGCAUUUUAUUUUGUAAAGUGGUUUCUUGCAUCAAACACAACAAUAUUUUCAGUCACCUCCUUGUCUGAAGGACAAGUAGAUAAACAGGUUAAUGUCAAGCCCUGCCUGUUUUUUUCCCAAAAGUCUCAUGGAAUGUAGGCCUACAUUGAACACCACACAUUAGCUGCUACUGUAGGCUGACUGAUAGAACAGCUAUUUCCAUGUUAAAAUGUUAUGGGAUACAUUUUUCUCCAUUGUAUUUUAUGGUAGGCCACUCUAGUUGGCCUACAUUAUGAUCAAAUAGCCACAGUAGCCUACUUGACCACUGUUAAAACUGUAACUUAAAGCGGGUACAGCCUCAGUGUUUCACAGUAAACGCUCGCUGGAAGUUGCACAGAAUUUUCACAAUGUUCAAGUUUGAACUCAGCAGACCUGAAAUUUCUCAGUGCCUAAUGUUUUUGGAGGGAACAUUGGUGUGGACUCUUUUUUGCUUAUGAGAUCAGGGGCUUUUCUGGAUACAUUUUUUUUUUAGAGGCACCCAUCUUGGCGACGUAGAGAAAUGUUUGCAUUUUUAAGCCAAUUUCCUGCAAUUUUACACUUUUCUCCAUAAAGCUGAGACAGGUUUUUGCAGUUUUAAAGCUAAUUUCCUGCCAUUCUAGGCAUUUUACCAUGUUUAAUGCUGUGUUCUUUUGCUCAAACAUAAAAACUAAAUCUAUACUGCUAAAUUCAUUGUUUUUGUAAUGUUCUAUCCUCCCCCACUGUCUAGCUUUUAUUUUGGUGAUUGUUAGUUCUCAAAGAUUAUAUUAUUUACAAAUAUAUUUUAGUCGUUUACACUGAAAUGUUUUUCCCAGCCCAAGGAUUUCAAUGGCAGAAAAAUCACUGGAGAUGAAUCGUCCACUGAGCUAAAAGCCUGUGUGUGUUUGUCUCUCUUUCUCUUUCUUUCUUUCUCUCUCAUAUCCAGAAUGCGGUGGAGGUGACGGGGACCUUCAAGCAGAUGAAGGUGAGGUUGGUGGAGGAAGGUUUCGACCCGGCCUGCAUCCCAGACCCUCUGUACAUCCUCCAGGAGAGAAAGCAGAGCUACACACCAAUGUCUGGCCAGGUCUACAGCGCCAUAGUGUCAGGCAACAUCAAGCUGUGAACACAUCUGAGCUUCAACUACUCUUGGGUCCUGUUCAUUAGGGCAUAAAAUGGAAAACGUUUCAAAAAACGUUUCGCAACGGAAAACAAAAAUGAGCAUUACUUAGUCCCUACCUGUUUUAGUCCACGCCAGCCCAGGACCUCCACAUCCGGCUUCUUCACCUGCGGGAUCGUCUGAGACCAGCCGCCCGAACAGCUGAUGAAACUGAGGAGUAUUUCUCUCUGUAAUAAAACCCUUUUGUGGGGAAAAACUAAUUCUGAUGGGCCUGGCUCCACAGUGGGUGGGCCUAUGCCCUCCCAGGCCCACCCAUGGCUGCGCCCCUGCCCAGUCAUGUGAAAUCCAUAGAUUAGGGCCUAAUGAAUUUAUUUCAAUUGACUGAUUUCCUUAUAAGAACUGUAACUCAGUAAAAUCGUUGAAAUUGUUGCAUGUUGCGUUUAUAUGUUUGUUCAGUAGACUAGUGACCUUUUGGGGAAACUGCCACUCUUCGCCCCAGCGACUGUAAUUCUUUUUGUUUUGUUGUUGAAACAGAGGAGAGGCAUAUCCGUCAGUGUGGUAAAACAUUUUCUAUAAAAACGAUUCACCAAAACAACCUAUUUUAAAAAUGUCUGAAGCACAGUAUCAAUCAAUCAAUCAAUUAAAUGUAUUUAUAAAGCCCUUUUUACAUCAGCAGAUGUCACAAAGUGCUAUACAGAAACCCAGCCUAAAACCACAAACAGCAAGCAAUGCCGAUGUAGAAGCACGGUGGCUAGGAAAAACUCCCUAGAAAGGAAGAAACCUAGAGAGGAACCAGGCUCUGAGGGGUGGCCAGUCCCCUUCUGGUUGUGCCGGGUGGAGAUUAUAACAGUACAUGGCCAUUAAGGCCAGAUUUUUCUCCAAGAUGUUCAAACGUUCAUAGAUGACCAGCAGGGUCAAAUAAUAAUCACAGUGGUUGUAAAGGUUGCAACAGGUCAGUACAUCAGGCGUAAAUGUCACUUGGCUUUUCAUAGCCGGCAUUUAGAGGUUGAAAUAGCAGGUGCGGAAGAGAGAGAGAGUUGAAAACAGCAGGUCUGGGACAAGGUAGCACGUCCGGUGAACAGGUCAGGGUUCCAUAGCCGCAGGCAGAAGAGUGGAAACUGGAGCAGCAGCACGACCAGGUGGACUGGGGACAGCAAGGAGUCAUCAGGCCAGGUAGUCCUGAGGCAGGUCCUAGGGCUCAGGUCCUCCGGGAGGGGAGGGAGAGAGAGAGAAUUAGAGGGAGCAUACUUAAUUAGAGGGAGCACACUGGAUAAGACAGGAGAAUAACACCAGAUAUAACAGACUGACCCUAGCCCCCCGGCACAUAGACUAUUGCAGCAUAGAUACUAUAGGCUGAGACGGGGGGGUCGGGAGACACUGUGGCCUCGUCUGACGAUACCCCCGGACAGGGCCAACCAGGCAGGAUAUAACCCCACCCACUUUGCCAAAGCACAGCCCCCACACCACCAGAGGGAUAUCAACAGACCACCAACCUACAAGGCUGAGUAUAGCCCACGAAGAUCUCCUCCACUGCACGAGCCCGAGGGGGCGACAAACCGGACAGGAAGAUCACAUCUGUGACUCAACCCACUUAAGUGAUGCACCCCUCCUAGGGAUGGCAUGGAAGAGCACCAGUAAGCCAGGGACUCAGACCCGUAAUAGGGUCAGAGGCAGAGAAUCCCAGUGGAGAGAGGGGAGCCGGCCAGGCAGAGACAGCAAGGGCGGUUUGUCGCUCCAGUGCCUUGCCGUUCACCUUCGCACCCCUGGGCCAGACUACACUCAAUCAUAGGACCUACUGAAGAGAUGAGUCUUCAGUAAAGACUUAAAGGUCGAGACCGAGUCUGCGUCUCUCACAUGGAUAGGCAGACCAUUCCAUAAAAAUGGAGCUCUAUAGGAGAAAGCCCUGCCUCCAGAUGUUUGCUUAGAAAUUCUAGGCACAAUAAGGAGGCCUGUGUCUUGUGACCGUAGCGUACAUGAAGUUAUGUAGGACCAAAUCGGAGAGAUAGGUAGGAGCAAGCCCAUUUAAUGCUUUGUAGGUUAGCAGUAAAACCUUGAAAUCAGCCCUAGCCUUAACAGGAAGCCAGUGUUGAGAGGCUAGCACUGGAGUAAUAUGAUCCAAUUGUUUGGUCAAGAUUCUAGCAGCCGUGUUUAGCUCUAACUGAAGUUUAUUUAGUGCUCAUUAUUUAUUGCUCAUUAUUGCGAGAACAGUGAAUUUCCUGUCCAGCAUGUUUUAAUCAAUAAUAACUGUUAUCUGGUAUCCAGACAGUUCAAAUGGCACCCUAUUCCCUAUAUAGUGAAUAACUUUUGACUAGAGCCCUGUGAAUCUUGGUGAAAAGGAGUACACUAUUAUAUAGGGAAUAGGGUGCCAUUUGGGGGAAAGCAAGCUCUGCAGUCCCCGAACGGAUGGCCUCAUUCCUUGGGGAUGCAAUUUCUGAGGCUUGUAACUCUAAUGAACUCUAACUCUGGGUCAUCCAUUCCUGUGGCGGUCCUCUUGAGAGCCAGUUUCAUCAUAGCGCUUGAUUGUUUUUGCGACUGCACCUGAAGAAACUUUCAAUGUUCUUGAAAUGUUCAGUAUUGACUGACCUUCAUGUCUUAAAGUAAUGAUGGACUGUCGUUUCUCUUUGCUUAUUUGAGCUGUUCUUGCCAUAAUAUGGACUUGGUCUUUUACCAAACAGGGCUAUCUUCUGUAUACCCCCCCUACCUUGUCACAACACAACUGAUUGGCUCAAACGCAUUAAGAAGGAAAUAAAUUCCACAAAUUAACUUUUAAGAAGGCACACCUGUUAAUUGAAAUGCAUUCCAGGUGACUACCUAAUGAAGCUGGUUGAGAGAAUGCCAAGAGUGUGCAAAGCUGUCAUCAAGGCAAAGGGUGGCUAUUUGAAGAAUCUCAAAUAUAAAAUAUAUUUUGAUUUAUUUAACACUUUUUUGGUUACUACAUGAUUCCAUAUAGUGGCUGUGUACAACCCGCAAAUUCAUAUCUGGGCCUGGAAGCCAGUUCCACUGCUUUUUUCUCUAUUCUUCUUAUCCGGGACAAAAUUACACCUGGGCCACCAGGUGGGUGCAAUCAAUGAUCAGGUGGAACAGAAAACCAGCAGUAGUCUGGACCUGGUGUAUGGUAGAAGACAUGGGUCAACAAUGAAACCCUUUUACAGAAACAGGAAAUAAAAGAAUGAAAACUGAUAUGUUGCUUGAUGUAUUUAGCAGGCCAUGGUCUAAUGUAAAACCCACAGCCAUAAGAGACAGUGAUUGAACAGUGUUGCUGAGAUUUAUUACAAUGUAAUAAAAACGUAAGUUGGCUCCUUCUGACACUCAAACGUGACAGGCAUGCUGUAACAACCCUGCAGGCCAUAAAAUAAUAAAAUGUCUACUCUCAAACAAGGAGGAAUUAUAUUGAUCUAUGGAUAGAGGUCAGCAGGGGUGAACUGGGACCAGAAAUCGGCUCUGGCAUUUCUAACACACAGCCCAUUUUUCCUUGAGGCCAACCACAACGGAGCAUUUUUUCCUCAAGGCCAUUUUCAUUUUGCACACUGAAAUAAAAAUUUGACUGGCCCAAUAGGCAAAAAAAUGCCAGAUGGCCAGUCCGCCCCGGAGGUCAAUGCCCUAGAGCUGUCUGUCUGUAAUAUUUUACUACCAUGGUCAUGAUUAGAAGAAUAGAAAAGCCUACUACCUCCUUACUUUAGCUUCCUCGCAAUGCCAUUGGCUGUUUGGGAUCUCACGCCUACCUGCGUGCAUAGGUCGUGGAGAGUUGCCGACUGGAGAUGUUGCAAUAAUCUGUUACUUGCCUAAAAAGCACGGCCAAGAAGAAGGAACCUUUUAUUGACAUUCACAAAGAAGUAGACGUUAACUUUCAAUAUGUACAUGUUAUUAUAUACCAUACUGGCAGGAUUGGCUAUACUGCCGCUCUUCCUUUUUCUCCGAAAUCCUUACCUUAUGCAGGACCUGCGCUACACAGUGACGUGCGUCGUACUCGGGUUCCGAAUGGACAGAAUCAAGAGGAGCAAACCGUUCUACAGCAUGCUGGACUGUUUUCUCGAUAAGGUCAAAAAACACCCCAACAAACCGUUUAUUGUAUUCGAGAAGAGUUCGUAUACGUACCGGGAUGUUGACAAGCAGAGCAACAAGUUCGCCCGGGCGCUCUCACAGCACGCAAGCGUGAAGGAAGGGGACACUGUCGCCCUCUUCAUGGGCAACGAGCCCAUGUACGUGUUUAUCUGGCUGGCCCUGGCUAAACUUGGAUGUACAGCCGCGCUGCUCAACUACAACAUCAGGUCCAAGUCCUUAUUGCACUGUUUCACCUGCUGCGGAGCCAACGUGCUCCUGGCUGCUUCAGGUAAACCCACUUACCUUGGUGUUGCUGUUUACAAUAAUAUUAUUGAUACAUCUAUUUUGAAUAAUACUUCAUAUAUCUAUAAUAACUAUAGUGUAGAGAACCAUGGGGUCUAGACCUUUAUGCAGCUAGUGGGAGGCAGUGCUAGUAGUGCACUGGCCAGAAUGAAUAGGAUUCUCAUGCUCUCUCUCUCUCUCUCUCUCUCUCUCUCUCUCUCUCUCUCUCUCUCUCUCUCUCUCUCUCUUCUCUCGUCUGUUCUCUCUCUCUUCUCUCUCGUCUCUCGCUUUUCUCUCUCUCUCUCUCUCUCUGUCUGUCUAUCUCUCUCUCUGUCUCUGUCUCUCUCUCUCUAUUUCUCUCUCUCUCUCUCUCUCUCUCUCUCUCUCUCUCUCUGUCUCUCUGUCUGUCUGUCUCUCUCUUUCUCUCUCUGUCUCUGUCUCUCUCUCUCUCUCUCUCUCUCUCUCUCUCUCUCUCUGUCUAUCUCUCUCUCUGUCUCUGUCUCUCUCUCUGUCUCUCUCUCUGUCUCUCUCUCGCUCUCUCUCUCUCUCUCUCCUCUCUCUCUCUCUCUCUCUCUCUCUCUCAAUUCAAUUCAAUUUAAGGGCUUUAUUGGCAUGGGAAACGUAUGUUAACAUUGCCAAAGCAAGUGAAGUAGAUAGUAAACAAAAGAGAAAUAAACAAUACAAAUUAACAGAGAACAUUACACUCAGAAGUUCCAAAAGAAUAAAGACAUUUCAAAUGUCAUAUUAUGUGCAAAUAGUUAAAGUACAAAAGGGAAAAUAAAUAAACAUAAAUAUGGGUUGUAUUUACAAUGGUGUUUGUUCUUCACUAGUUGCCCUUUUCUUGUGGCAACAGGUCACAAAUAUUGCUGCUGUGAUGGCACACUGUGGUAUUUCACCCAGUAGAUAAGGGAGUUGAUAAAAAUGGGGUUUGUUUUUGAAUUCUUUGUGGAUCUGUGUAAUCUGAGGGAAAUAUGUGUCUCUAAUAUGGUCAUAGGAAGUGCAGCUCAGUUUCCACCUCAUUUUGUGGGCAGUGUGCACAUAGCCUGUCUUCUCUUGAGAGCCAGGUCUGCCUACGGCGGCCUUUCUCAAUAGCAAGGCUAUGCUCACUAAGUCUGUACAUAGUCAAAGCUUUCCUUAAGUUUGGGUCAGUCACAGUGGUCAGGUAUUCUGCCACUGUGUACUCUCUGUUUAGGGCCAAAUAGCAUUCUAGUUUGCACAGUUUUUUUUGUUAAUUCUUUCCAAUGUGUAAUUAUCUUUGUGUUUUCUCAUGAUUUGGUUGUGUCUAAUUGUGUUGCUGUCUUCGGGCUCUGUGGGGUCUGUUUGUGUUUGUGAACAGAGCCCCAGGACCAGCUUGCUUAGGGGACUCUUCUCCAGGUUCAUCUCUGUAGGUGAUGGCUUUGAUAUGGAAGGUUUGGGAAUCACUUCCUUUUAGGUGGUUGUAGAAUUUAACGGCUCUUUCUGGAUUUUGAUAAUUAGCGGGUAUCGGCCUAAUUCUGCUCUGCAUGCAUUAUUUGGUGUUUUACGUUGUACACAGAGGAUAUUUUAUGCAGAAUUCUGCAUACAGAGUCUCAAUUUGGUGUUUGUCCCAUUUUGUGAAUUCUUGUUUGGUGAGCGGACCCCAGACCUCACAACCAGAAAGGGCAAUGGGUUCUAUAACUGAUUCAAGUAUUUUUAGCCAGAUCCUAAUUGGUAUUGUCUCCCGAGUGGCGCAGUGGUCUAAGGCACUGCAUCGCAGUGCUAGCUGUGCCACUAGAGAUCCUGGUUCGAAUCCAGGCUCUGUCGUAGCCGGCCGCGACCGGGAGACCCAUGCGACGGCGCACAAUUGGCCCAGCGUCGUCCAGGGUAGGGGAGGGAAUGGCCGGCAGGGAUGUAGCUCAGUUGGUAGUGGGUUCGGUUCCCACGGGGGGCCAGUAUGAAAAAAAUAUAUUUAAAAAAUAAUGAAUGCACUCACUAACUGUAAGUCGCUCUGGAUAAGAGCGUCUGCUAAAUGACUAAAAUGUAAAAUGUAUGUCAAAUGUUAUGUUGCUUUUGAUGGCAUAGAAGGCCCGUCUUGCCUUGUCUCUCAGAUCAUUCACAGCUUUGUGGAAGUUACCUGUGGCGCUGAUGUUUAGGCCGAGGUAUGUAUUGUUUUUUGUGUGCUCUAGGGCAACGGUGUCUAGAUGGAAUUUGUAUUUGUGGUCCUGGCAGAAUCUGUGCAGAAGAUCUAGGUGCUGCUGUAGGCCAUCCUUGGUUGGGGACAGAAGCACCAGAUCAUCAGCAAACAGUAGACAUUUGACUUCAGAUUCUAGUAAUAAUAAUAAUAAUAAUAAUAUGCCAUUUAGCAGACGCUUUUAUCCAAAGCGACUUACAGUCAUGUGUGCAUACAUUUUUACGUAUGGGUGAUCCCGGGGAUCGUACCCACUACCCUGGCGUUACAAGCGCCAUGCUCUACCAAUUGAGGUACAGAGGACCUCAGUAAGGUGAGGCCGGGUGCUGCAGACUGUUCUAGUGCCCUCGCCAAUUCGUUGAUAUAUAUGUUGAAGAGGGUGGGGCUUAAACUGCAUCCCUGUCUCACCCCAUGGCCCUGUGGUAAGAAGUGUGUGUGUUCUUUGCCAAUUUUUUACGCACACUUGUUGUUUGUGUACAUGGAUUUUAUAAUGUUGUAUGUUUUUGCCCCAACACCACUUUCCAUCAAUUUGUAUAGCAGACCCUCAUGCCAAAUUGAGUCAAAAGCUUUUUGGAAAUCAACAAAGCAUGAGAAGACUUUGCCUUUGUUUUGGUUUGUAUGUUUGUCAAUUAGGGUGUGCAGGGUGAAUACGUGGUCUGUCGUACGGUAAUUUGGUAAAAAGCCAAUUUGACAUUUGCUCAGUACAUUGUUUUCACUGAGGAAAUGUACGCUCUCCCUCUGUCUCUCUCGCUGUCACCCUCUUUCCCUGACCCUCCCUCUCUCUCCCUCUCUGUGUCCCUCCCUCUCUUACCCUCUCUAUGCCCAACCCACCCCCAGAGUUGCGUGGAGAGGUAGAUGAGGUGCUCCCCACCCUGAGGGAGCAGAGUGUAAGUGUGUUCGUGCUGGGUCAGGGUGUGGAGGAGGCAGAGUGUGUGAUGGAGGGCAUGAAGACUCUGAGCAGCAGCAGGAUACAGCAGGCCUCAGAUCAACCUCUGGACCCACAGCUCAGGUCAAAGGUCACCUUAAAGAGCCCCGCCCUCUACAUCUAUACCUCGGGAACUACAGGUAAGCCGAGCCAAACCAAGAUGCACUGGACUGGCCUGGUUAUGCAUCCACCAUUGUUGCUGGAACCGUGCUAGAAAUAACAAUUUUUAAAAUAAAAUGUCCAGACCAAUACGGUAUUGCUCUGGUCAGCCCUGUAGUGUGAAUUAGACAGAAGACUACUGAUGUUUAUGCCAGACAGGUAAAUUAUCUUAGAUAGCACGACUCUGAUUGGUCAAAGAAUAAGAUACCAUUUUAGAUUCACAUCAGGCCUGAUCCUCUGUUUCCUGCCCUUCCUGGUGUCUCGUCCUCAGGUCUGCCGAAGGCUGCAGUGAUCACCCAGGAGAGGCUGUCCAUGGCCUCCUCUCUGCAGGCCAUCUCAGGUGUGGCCUCUGAUGACGUCAUCUACAUCUACCUGCCCCUCUACCACACCGCCGGCUUCAUGAUGGGCCUGACUGGAGCCAUAGAGAGAGGUACUGUACUGUACGGCACAGUUGGUAAGAGUGUUGUUCUGGCAGCGGCCAGGUCGUGUGUUCAAUUCCUGCGUUGAUAACAUUAACCUGAUAGUAGUGCAGUAUAUGGGAUAAAGAGAUAAAGGGGUGUGAAGAGCUGAACUGCUUCAGAACUGCUUCAGAACUGCUUCAGAACUGGUUCAGAACUGGUUCAGAACUUCUUCAGAACUGCUUCAGAACUGGUUCCAUGUCAUCUCUAGCAAUUACAAUAACUACAUUCAAAUGGAGAGAAAGAAAGUAAUAAUUUUGAUUCUAUAUAAAAAUUCCUCUGCAAGCCCCCUGACUUUGCACUGAUGAUGAAGAUAAAAAAUACAAAUGUAUCUGAAUAUUAUUACACGUUACAUAUUAUUACAUAUUAUUACACGUUACAUAUUAUUACAUAUUAUUACAUAUUAUUACAUAUUAUUACACGUUACAUAUUAUUACAUAUUAUUACACGUUACAUAUUAUUACAUAUUAUUACACGUUACAUAUUAUUACAUAUUAUUACACGUUACCUAUUAUUACAUAUUAUUACACGUUACAUAUUAUUACAUAUUAUUACAUAUUAUUACACGUUACAUAUUAUUACAUAUUAUUACACGUUACAUAUUAUUACAUAUUAUUACAUAUUACUACACGUUACAUAUUAUUACAUAUUAUUACACGUUACAUAUUAUUACAUAUUAUUACCAUAUUAUUACACGUUACAUAUACAUAGUAUUACACGUUACUAUUAUUACAUAUUAUUACAAAUUGUAAUGUACUAUUGAUUACAUAUUAUUACAUAUUAACAUAUUAUUACAAUUAUUCACGUUACAUAUUAUUACAAUAUUACACAUUAUGAUUACACUUACAUACUAUUACAUAUUUAUUACAGUUACAUAUUAUUACACGUACAUAUUAUUACAUAUUAUUACACUUAUAUUAUACAGUUACACUAUUUAUUACAUAUUACAAAUUGUUACACGUUACAUAUUAUAAUAUUAUUACAUAUUAUUACACGUUACAUAUAUUACAUAUAUUACAGUUACAUAUUAUUACCAUGUAAUUAUUACAAUUAUUACAGUUACAUAUUAUAACGGUACAUAUUAUUACAUAUUAUUAUACUCACAUUAUUACAUAUAUACAAUUGUACACGUUACAUAUUAUUACAUAUUAUUACAUAUUGUUACACGUUACAUAUAAUAUACAUAUUAUUAAUAUUAUUACACGUUACAUACUAUUACACGUUACAUACUAUUACACGGUACAUAUUAAUACAUGUUACAUACUAUUACACGGUACAUAUUAUUACACGUUACAUACUAUUACACGUUACAUAUUAUUACACGUUACAUACUAUUACAUAUUAUUACAAAUUGUUACAUGUUACAUAUUAUUACAUAUUAUUACAUAUUAUUACACGUUACAUAUUAUUACAUAUUAUUACACGUUACAUAUUAUUACAUAUUAUUACACAUUACAUAUGAUUACAUAUUAUUACAUAUUAUUACAUGUUACAUAUUAUUACACGGUACAUAUUAUUACAUAUUAUUACACAUUACAUAUUACAUAGUAUUACACGUUACAUAUUAUUACAUAUUAUUACAAAUUGUUACACGUUACAUAUUAUUACAUAUUAUUACAUAUUAUUACACGUUACAUAUUAUUACAUAUUAUUACACGUUACAUAUUAUUACACAUGAUAUAUUAUUACAUGUUACAUAUUAUUACACGGUACAUAUUAUUACAUAUUAUUAUACGUUACAUAUUAUUACAUAUUAUUACAAAUUGUUACACGUUACAUAUUAUUACAUAUUAUUACAUAUUGUUACACGUUACAUAUAUAACAUAUUAUUACACAUUAUAUAUUAUUACACACGUUACAUACUAUUACACGUUACAUACUAUUACACGGUACAUAUUAAUACACGUUACAUACUAUUACACGGUACAUAUUAUUACACGUUACAUACUAUUACACGUUACAUAUUAUUAUACGUUACAUAUUAUUACAUAUUAUUACACGUUACAUUAUUACAUAUAAUUACACAUUACAUAUGACAUGUUACAUAUUAUUACAUAUUAUUACAUGUUACAUAUUAUUACACGUUACAUAUUAUUACAUGUUACAUUAUUACAUAUUAUUACACGUUACAUAUUAUUACACGUUAUAUAUUAUUACACGUUACAUAUUAUUACAUAUUAUUACACGUUACAUUAUUACAUAUUAUUACACGUUAUAUAUUAUUACUCGUUACAUAUUAUUACAUAUUAUUACACGGUACAUAUUAUUACACGUUACAUACUAUUACACGUUACAUAUUAUUACACGUUACAUAUUAUUACAUAUUAUUACACGUUACAUAUUAUUACACGUUACAUAUUAUUACAUAUUAUUACACAUUACAUAUUACAUAGUAUUACACGUUACAUAUUAUUACAUAUUAUUACAAAUUGUUACAUGUUACAUAUUAUUACAUAUUAUUACAUAUUAUUACACGUUACAUAUUAUUACAUAUUAUUACACGUUACAUAUUAUUACAUAUUAUUACACAUUACAUAUGGUUACACAUUACAUAUUAUUACAUAUUAUUACAUGUUACAUAUUAUUACACGGUACAUAUUAUUACAUAUUAUUACACAUUACAUAUUACAUAGUAUUACACGUUACAUAUUAUUACAUAUUAUUACAAAUUGUUACACGUUACAUAUUAUUACAUAUUAUUACAUAUUAUUACACGUUACAUAUUAUUACAUAUUAUUACACGUUACAUAUUAUUACACAUGAUAUAUUAUUACAUAUUAUUACAUGUUACAUAUUAUUACACGGUACAUAUUAUUACAUAUUAUUAUACGUUACAAAUUAUUACAUAUUAUUACAAAUUGUUACACGUUACAUAUUAUUACAUAUUAUUACAUAUUGUUACACGUUACAUAUAUAACAUAUUAUUACACAUUAUAUAUUAUUACACACGUUACAUACUAUUACACGUUACAUACUAUUACACGGUACAUAUUAAUACACGUUACAUACUAUUACACGGUACAUAUUAUUACACGUUACAUACUAUUACACGUUACAUAUUAUUACACGUUACAUACUAUUACACGUUACAUAUUAUUAUACGUUACAUAUUAUUACAUAUUAUUACACGUUACAUUAUUACAUAUAAUUACACAUUACAUAUGACAUGUUACAUAUUAUUACAUAUUAUUACAUGUUACAUAUUAUUACACGUUACAUAUUAUUACAUGUUACAUUAUUACAUAUUAUUACACGUUACAUAUUAUUACACGUUAUAUAUUAUUACACGUUACAUAUUAUUACAUAUUAUUACACGUUACAUUAUUACAUAUUAUUACACAUUAUAUAUUAUUACUCGUUACAUAUUAUUACAUAUUAUUACACGGUACAUAUUAUUACACGUUACAUACUAUUACACGUUACAUAUUAUUACACGUUACAUAUUAUUACAUAUUAUUACACGUUACAUAUUAUUACACGUUACAUAUUAUUACAUAUUAUUACACAUUACAUAUUACGCGUUACAUAUUAUUACAUAUUAUUACACGUUACAUAUUAUUACACGUUACAUAUUAUUACACGUUACAUAUUAUUACAUAUUAUUACACGUUACAUAUUAUUACACGUUACAUAUUAUUACAUAUUAUUACACAUUACAUAUUAUUACACGUUACAUAUUAUUACAUAUUAUUACACGUUACAUAUUAUUACAUGUUACAUUAUUACAUAUUAUUACACGUUACAUAUUAUUACAUAUUAUUACACGUUACAUUAUUACAUAUUAUUACACGUUAUAUAUUAUUACUCGUUACAUAUUAUUACAUAUUAUUACACGUUAUAUAUUAUUACACGUUACAUAUUAUUACAUAUUAUUACACGUUACAUUAUUACAUAUUAUUACACGUUAUAUAUUAUUACUCGUUACAUAUUAUUACAUAUUAUUACACGGUACAUAUUAUUACACGUUACAUACUAUUACACGUUACAUAUUAUUACACGUUACAUAUUAUUACAUAUUAUUACACGUUACAUAUUAUUACACGUUACAUAUUAUUACAUAUUAUUACACAUUACAUAUUAUUACGCGUUACAUAUUAUUACAUAUUAUUACACGUUACAUAUUAUUACACGUUACAUAUUAUUACACGUUACAUAUUAUUACAUAUUAUUACACGUUACAUAUUAUUACACGUUACAUAUUAUUACAUAUUAUUACACAUUACAUAUUAUUACACGUUACAUAUUAUUACAUAUUAUUACACGUUACAUAUUAUUACACGUUACAUAUUAUUACACGUUACAUAUUAUUACACGUUACAUAUUAUUACACGUUACAUAUUAUUACACGUUACAUAUUAUUACAUAUUAUUACACAUUACAUAUUAUUACACGUUACAUAUUAUUACAUAUUAUUACACGUUACAUAUUAUUACACGUUACAUAUUAUUACACGUUACAUAUUAAUACACGUUACAUAUUAAUACACGUUACAUAUAAAUACACGUUAUAUAUUAUUACACGUUACAUAUUAUUACAUAUUAUUACACGUUACAUUAUUACAUAUUAUUACAUGUUACAUAUUAUUACACGUUACAUAUUAUUACAUAUUAUUACACGUUACAUAUUAUUACAUGUUACAUAUUACAUAUUAUUACACAUUACAUAUUAUUACACAUUACAUAUUAUUACACGUUACAUAUUAUUACAUAUUAUUACACGUUACAUAUUAAUACACGUUACAUAUUAUUACACAUUACAUAUUAUUACACGUUACAUAUUAAUACACGUUACAUAUUAUUAUAUAUUAUUACACGUUACAUAUUAUUACACGUUACAUAUUAUUACACGUUACAUAUUAUUUCAGUGCCGUCACGUGUAAUAAAGUUGUUACGAUGUUGACCAGGGUUUACUAAGGGUUGUUUAGUGUAAUGUCUCUUUACUCGGGGCGUUGGACGAGAGGUGACUUGGCUCUGAGGUGAUUUCUAGUGUUUCAAACCAAAGUCCCUGGGCGCCUUCCAAAUUACAUGCUAUUACCUUUAUAGUGCACUAAUGUUUUUUUUUGUCCAUGGCCCAUAUUAUUCAAAAUUGCACCCUAUUCCCUAUAUAGUGCACUACUUUUGACCAGAGCCCUAUGGGGAAAUAGGGUGUCAUUUGGGAUGCGGCCAGAGUGUCUUCUCUAUGGGGCUCUGGUUAAAAGUAGUGCACUUUAUAGGGAAUAGGGCGCCAUUUGGGAUACUACCCCCAGAGUUCAAAGCUGUUUAUGUCAAUAAUUUCCUUAGACGAUAAAAUCAACCAGGAAAACUCAUAGGCCUUAGUGGUGCUGUAGCCUUUAACUAGGGCCCAGAGUUAUUCCUUCCUGGUUCAGUCACAUGGUCAGGAACAACUCCUGGCCCUAACCAGAACCAUUCAGACGGGACUGUGCGUUAGUUAGUUAGGUAAUAAUUUAGUCAGUCAGUGAGUUAGUUAGUUAGGUAACCAUUUAGUCAGUCAGUGAGUUAGUUAGUUACGUAAUCAUUUAGUCAGUCAGUCAGUGAGUUAGUUAGGUAAUCAUUUAGUCAGUCAGUCAGUGAGUUAGUUGGUUAGGUAAUCAUUAGCAGUCAGUCAGUUAGUUAGUUUGUUUGUCCAUGAGGUUGUGAGCUCUGUUGAAUGUUGGUGCUUUACCUUCUCCUCUCAGGCAUCACCAUUGUCCUGAGGCGUAAAUUCUCUGCCUCUAAUUUCUGGGAUGACUGCAGGAAAUACAACGUGACAGUGAUCCAGUACAUAGGAGAGAUCAUGAGGUACCUCUGUAAUGCACCCAAGGUACUGCAACACAUGCCUCCUGUUAGUUUGAUCAUUCAGAGGAUUAAAGACCAAAUAGAAAUGGUCGGAUUUAGUAUUGUCAUUCUAUCAUUAAUGAAUGUAAACCAAAUACCUGUACAUCCUCUCACCUCUCCUCACCUCUCCCCUCUCCUCUCUCCUCACUUCUCCUCACCUCUCUCCUCACUUCUCCUCUCCCCUCUCCUCUCACCUCUCCUCACCUCUCCCCUCUCCUCUCUCCUCACUUCUCCUCACCUCUCUCCUCACUUCUCCUCUCCCCUCUCCUCUCACCUCUCCUCUCCUCUCCUCUCCUCUCCUCUCCUCUCCUCUCCUCUCCUCUCCUCUCCUCUCCUCCUCAGAAAGAUAAUGACAGGCAUCACAAGGUACGUCUGGCCCUGGGUAACGGGCUUAGAGCAGACACCUGGUCAGAGUUCCUGCAGCGUUUCGGUGACAUCCGUGUCUGUGAAUGCUACGGCGCCACCGAGGGAAAUGGCGGCUUCAUCAACUACAUCGGGAAAGUCGGCGCGAUCGGCAAAGAGCACUUCCUUCACAAAGUGAGACUACUGUCUUGGACAAUAAUGGCUGCAGUGUCCCAAAUGGCACCCUAUCCCCUAUAUAGUGCACUACUUUUGACUAGGGUCCAUAGGGCUCUGGUCAAAUGUAGUGCACUAUAUAGGGAAUAGGGUGCCAUUGGGAUGCAAACACUGAGCUUAUGAGAAAGACUAUUAUAUUUUUAUAUUCCUGACAGUCUAUGUGAGAUGUAUUAGGUCGGUGUGAUGAAGUGUGUCAGGACACUGUUCUGUAUGGAAACACAAGAAGAAGUAGAACAUAUUUUCUGGUGGCACUAUGACAUCAUUGUUAUUAGAUACUCGUAUUACGUAGGUGUUACAUACUAAUUACACUACAUACAUACAUUACACUACAUAUAGACAUUAUACUACAUACAGUUGAAGUCUGAAGUUUACAUACACCUUAGCCAAAUACAUUUAAACUCGGUUUUUCACAAUUCCUGACAUUUAAUCCUAGUAAAAAUUCCCUGUCUUAGGUCAGUUAGGAUCACCACUUUAUUUUAAGAAUGUGAAAUGUCAGAAUAAUAGUUUGAGAAACAGGCGCCUUACAGGUCCUCAACUGGCAGCUUCAUUAAAUAGUACCCACAAAACACCAGUCUCAACGUCAACAGUGAAGAGGCGACUCCGGGAUGCUGACCUUCUAGGCAGAGUUGCAAAGAAAAAGCCAUAUCUCAGACUGCCCAUCUUAAUCUUUUAUUUUUAUUGGCCAGUCUUUUUUGGUUACUACAUGAUUCCAUAUGUGUUAUUUCAUAGUUUUGAUGUCUUCGCUAUUAUUCUACAUUGUAAAAAAUAGUACAAAUAUAGAAAAACCCUUGAAUGAGUAGGUGUUCUAAAAUACAUACAUUACACUACAUACAUACAUACAUUACACUGUAAAUGUAAAUUAUACUACAUUCAAACAUUACACCACAUAGAUACUGUAUGUCAUUGUUUUCUGAUGUUAUGUCUGUCUGUCUGUCUGUCUGUCUGUCUGUCUGUCUGUCUGUCUGUCUGUCUGUCUGUCUGUCUGUCUGUCUGUCUGUCUGUCUGUCUGUCUGUCUGUCUGUCUGUCUGUCGUUGUCUGUCGUUGUCUGUCUGUCUGUCUGUCUGUCUGUCUGUCUGUCUGUCGUUGUCUGUCUGUUUGUUGUUGUCUGUCUGUUUGUUGUUGUCUGUUUGUUUGUUGUUGUCUGUUUGUUUGUUUAUGUGUGCUUGCAGGCAAGCUUCUCAUACGCUCUGAUUCAGUAUGACACAGAGAGAGAGGAACCUGUCAAAGACUCUAGAGGUUUCUGUAUCAAAGUCCCUAAAGGUGAGAACACACACACACAUUCACGCACACAUAUUCACACACACACAAUUACUUGUUGUUUUGGUCCUCAGGAGAAACUGGUCUACUGGUUUCCAAGAUUAGCGCGCGGGCUCCGUUCAGUGGCUAUGCUAAUAACCAGCAGCAGACAGACAGGAAGAAGCUGACAGAUGUGUUUGUUAAGGGAGAUCUGUACUUCAACAGUGGAGACCUGCUGAGGAUCGACCACCAGGGAUUUGUUUACUUCAUGGACCGCAUCGGAGACACCUUCAGGUCAGAAUGCUGUUUUAGUUUAGUAGUUGUCAAACAAAAUGUUUAAUAAUGAGCUGGGUUUAAUACAAUGUGUUGUCCUGUCCUGUGAAUCACCUACAGGUUGAGUUAUGAGCUUGGUUUCUCUUAGUUUCUUGCUUCUUGGAAGUGUUUCCAGUCUGCCUCUGCUUCUGCUUGCUCUUUGGGUUCUAGGCCAGGUUACUUACUGAAUUAAUCUGAUAUGAGUUGACGUCCAGGUGGAAAGGAGAGAACGUGGCCACCACAGAGGUGACUGAGCACCUGAUCAUGGUGGAAUGUAUCGAAGAAGCCAACGUCUACGGUGUCAAGGUUCCAGGUGAUUUUGCAUUUGAGUAAUAUAGAUAUGCAAGAUAUUUGAAUAGAUAUAUAUUUUUAAAUAGCUAUAUAUACAGCUGUGGAAAAAAUUGAGACCACUGCAAAAUUAUCUGUUUCUCUGGUUUUACUUUCUAUAGGUAUGUGUUUGGGUAAAAAUAACAUUUUUGUUUUAUUCUAUACACUACUGACAACAUUUCUCCCAAAUUCCAAAUAAAAAUAUUGUCAUUUAGAGCAUUUAUUUUCAGAAAAUGACAACUGGUCAAAAUAACAAAAAAUAUGCAGUGUUGUCAGACCUCGAAUAAUGCAAAGAAAAUAAGUUCAUGUUCAUUUUUAAACAACACAAUACUAAUGUUUUAACUAAGGAAGAGUUUAGAAAUCAAUAUUUGGUGGAAUAACCCUGAUUUUCAAUCACAGCUUUCAUGCGUCUUGGCAUGCUCUCCGCCAGUCUUUCACAUUGAUGUUGGGUGACUUUAUGCCACUCCUGGCGCAAAAAUUCAAGCAGCUCGGCUUUGUUUGAUGGCUUGUGACCAUCCAGCUUCCUCUUGAUCACAUUCCAGAAGUUUUCAAUGGGGUUCAGGUCUGGAGAUUGGGCUGGCCAUGACAGGGUCUUGAUCUGGUGGUCCUCCAUCCACACCUUGAUUGACCUGGCUGUGUGGCAUGGCGCGUUGUCCUUCUGGAAAAACCAAUCCUCAGAGUUGGGGAACAAUGUCAGAGCAAAAGGAAGCAAGUUUUCUUCCAGGACAACCUUGUACGUGGCUUGAUUCAUGCGUCCUUCACAAAGACAAAUCUGCCCGAUUCCAGCCUUGCUGAAGCACCCACAGAUCAUCACCGAUCCUCCACCAAAUUUCACAGUGGGUGCGAGAUGCUGUGGCUUGUAGGCCUCUCCAGGUCUCUGUCUAACCAUUAGACGACCAGGUGUUGGGCAAAGCUGAAAAUUGGACUCAUCAGAGAAGAUGACCUUACUCCAGUCCUCUACGGUCCAAUCCUUAUGGUAUUUUGCAAACCUCAGCCUGGCUCUUCUUUGCUUCUCAUUGAUGAAGGGCUUUUUUCUAGCUUUGCACGACUUCAGCCCUGCCCCCCUGUUUCGAACCGUCCUCGACGUGCACUUCACCCCAGCUGCCGUUUGCCAUUCUUUUUGUAGGUCACUUGAUGUCAUCCUACGGUUGUUGAGUGACAUUCGAAUGAGUUGGCGGUCAUCCCGGUCAGUAGAGAGUCGUUUUCGCCCUCUGCCGGUCUGUAGCUUUGUUGUCCCCAAUGUCUGCUGCUUGACCUUGUUCUUAUGAACCGCUGUCUUUGACAUUUUAAGGAUGGAAGCAACCUGACGCUCACUGUAUCCCUCUGCCAGUAAAGCCAGAAUUGAACCCUUCUUUUCCUCACUCAAAACAUUCCUUUUCAACUCUUUUGGCAUGGUCAAUCGUUAUUUUUUAAAUUAAUAUGACUUUUGAGGUACUAUUAGCACUGUUUUUACCAUCAAGCUGGUCCUAUUGCAAGAGGAUAGUGAUGACCACAGCAGUGGUUUUUAUACUUUUCCUCAUUAAAAAAGAUUUGGUUCAGGUGAUCACCUAAUCAGUACCUAAUUCAGUAGAAUGAGGUGUGCCUGUGUUGGAAUUCAAUAGACACUGGAAUGGAAUGGCUGUCAUACAUUUAGAGAUGCUGAUUUUAAGAAAAAGCUGAAUAUAUAUUGAGGUGAGAGCAUUGGAAAUGCUUUUGGCGGUUGACCUGCUUCUGUUUUGUGGGUGGCACUGUGUGCUCUUUUCGAUGGAUAGGUCCUGGCCUCUCGGGGCCCUAGGGAUCCGGCGGGACGUGGGUGGUAUACCGAUCACUGGGAUGACGGCCCAACUUGGGACGGGGAGGGGCUUUAGCGGGGGAAUUAGUGGAGAACAAUUGGAGGGUUACUUAGUAGCAAUGCAAAUAUCAUGGUACAGCUAUAUGGACACUCAAUCACUAUGGUACUUUUUAUUGGUAAAUGUACAAACAUAUAUAAUGAUAAAUAGUUUUGAAACUUGUAUCUCAUUAUGGUGUAUGGUGAAAUAAGUAUAGCCAGUUAUAAUUGUAAUGGCUUAGCAGAUAAUAACAAAAGAAUAACAAUAUUUACAUGGCUCAAAGAGAAGGAAUAUAAUAUCUAUUCUUUACAGGAAACUCAUUCAACAAUUCUAGAUGAAGUUGCGUGGAAAAAGGAAUGGGGGGGCUAAAUAUACUUCUCCCAUAGGCAAAGAAACUCAAAAGUGGUGAUGAUAUUAAUUAACAGUAAUUUCGAUCCGAAUGUGCAAAUUGUCCAAACAGAUAUGCAAGGUAGAUGGAUUAUUUUAAAUAUGUUAUUGGACCAUAAACAGAUAUGGCUCAUUAACCUUUACGGACCAAAUAAUGAUGAUCCACACUUCUUUGACAAUAUAUAUAAUAAAUUAUCAACCCUGCAAGAAAUUCAAUACUCUAUUAUUAUGGUGGGAGAUUAUAAUACCGUUCUAAAUAGCUCAAUGGACCGUAAAGGAAAUCACACUACAAACAAUCACCCUCAUGCUCUUAAGGAAAUCAUGAAUGUCUUGGAUACAUUAGAACUAGUGGAUAUAUGGAGGCUUAAAUAUCCUGAUCUAGUGAGAUAUACAUGGCGGAGACUCAAUCAAGCUAGUCGUCUUGACUUCUUUCUUAUGUCAUUCUUGUUGGCACCAAAAGUUUUAAAAGUGUUGAUAGGGGACAGAAUGCGGUCGGACCAUCAUAUAAUUGGCAUAUACAUUAUUCUUACUGAAUUUCCACGUGGGCGAGGAUAUUGGAAAUUUAAUCAAAGCCUAUUGGAUGAUAACUUGUUCUUAACUAGGACAGAGGAAUUCAUAACUGAUUUUUUCCGACAUAACAUAGGUACAGAAAAUCCCCUUAUUGUAUGGGACACCUUUAAAUGUGCCUUUAGAGGCCAUGCAAUUCAGUACUCAUCUCGAAAACAAAAGCAAUUUAGGUCAAAAGAGUCCAUACUAACAAAGGAAAUAGAAGGUCUAAAAGAAUAGAUAGAUAGCAAUAAAAACUGUAACAUAGAGGCUCAGAAUAAAUUAGAGGAAAAACAAAAAUAAAUGGAGAAACUUAUUCAAGAAAGAUCAAGUGUAAUAUAUUAUAAAAAAUAAAGCAAACUGGAUGGAUUAUGGGGAAAAAUGCACCAAAUUCUUUUUUUAAUCUUCAGCAUAGGAAUGCUACCAAAAAUAAUUUACUGAAACUGGUUACAAAUGACGGAGUCACCCAUGAUUCACUGAAUGAUAUUUUGAAGGCGGAAACUAAGUACUUUAAGCAUAUGUUUUAAUUUCAGUCGCCUCCAUCUCCUCUAACUGAAGCUAAUUGUAGAGAUUUUUUUUUCUAUUGAUAAUGUAAAAUUAACAGCCAUGCAGAAAGACUCAUGUGAAGGUGAAAUUACAGAGGAGGAACUUCUGGAUGCAAUUAAAGACUUUAUGUCCGGGAAAACUCCAGGGUUGGAUGGCAUACCAGUCGAGGUAUAUCAAACCUUUUUUGAUAUACUCAGAGGAUUGUUAUUAGCAUGUUUUAACCACUCCUAUGUAAAUGGUAGAUUAUCAGACACUCAAGAAGAAGGUCUGAUUUCAUUAUUACUGAAACAGGAUACAAGUGGAAUAUACAAAGAUCCAGUCCAUUUAAAAAAUUGGAGGCCCCUUACACUUCAGUGUUGUGAUGCAAAAAUUCUAGCAAAAUGUAUAGCUCAUAGAAUUAAUAAGGUAUUGUUGGACAUUAUUUAUUUUUUAUUUAUCCAUCCAGUUUGCUUUAUUUUUUAUAAUAUAUUACACUUGAUCUUUCUUGAAUAAGUUUCUCCAUUUAUUUUCAUUCUAAUCAGACAUGUUUUUUACAUGGAAGAUACAUUGGAGAUAAUAUAAGGCAAGUACUGGAAACAAUAGAACACUAUGAAAAAUCUGGGAAACCAGGCCUGCUAUUCAUAGCAGACUUCGAAAAGGCAUUUGAUAAAGUACGACUGGGGUUUAUAUAUAAAUGCCUGGAGCAUUUCAAUUUUGGAGAAUCUCUUAUAAAAUGGGUUAAAAUCAUGUAUAGUAACCCUAGGUGUAAAAUAGUAAAUAAUAGCUAUUUCUCACAAAGUUUUAAACUGUCAAGAGGAGUGAAACAAGGUUGUCCACUAUCGGCAUAUCUAUUUAUUAUGGCCAUCGAGAUGUUACCUAUUAAAAUCAGAUCCAACAAUAAUAUCAAAGGAUUAGAAAUCCAGGGCUUAAAAACAAAAGUGUCAUUGUACGCUGAUGAUUCAUGUUUUCUUUUAAUUCCACAACUUGAAUCCCUCCACAGCCUCAUAGAGGAUCUAGAUACAUUUUCUAACCUCUCUGGUACAACCAAAUUAAGAUAAAUGUACUAUAUUACGUAUUGGAUCACUAAAAAAUAAAUAUUUUACAUUACCAUGUAGUUUACCAAUAAAAUGGUCUGAUGGUGAUGUGGAUAUACUCGGAAUACAUAUCCCAAAUGAAAUAAAUGAUCUCACUCCAAUACAUUUUAAUAGAAAGUUAGCAAAAAUAGAUAAGAUCUUGCUACCAUGGAAAGGUAAAUACCUGUCAAUUUGUGGAAAAAUCACCUUGAAUAACUCUUUAGUAUUAUCCCAGUUUACCUAUUUGCUUAUGGUCUUGCCUACGCCUAGCGAACAGUUUUUUAAAUUAUAUGAGAAAAAUAUAUUCCAUUUUAUUUGGAAUGGCAAGCCAGACAAAAUUAAGCGGCCCUAUUUAUAUAAUGAAUAUGAAUUCGGAGGACAGAAAUUAUUAAGAUUAAAGCAUUAGACCUAUCACUAAAAGCUUCAGUCAUACAAAAGUUAUACUUAAAUCCGAACUGGUUCUCUAGCAAAUUAGUAAGAUUGUCUCACCCAAUGUUCAAGAAUGGCCUUUUUCCCUUUAUUCAGAUUACAACCUCACACUUUCAGUUAUUUGAAAAGGAAAUAAUCUCCCAAAUAUCACUAUUUCUAAAACAAGCCAUAGAAAGUUGGUUGCAAUUUCAAUAUAUAUAUAUAAAUGCGAGGGGAAAAAACAUAUGGGGGAUUGGAAGUGAUGCAGACAAUUACAUUGAUGGAAGUUACAAUCUAUCUGCAAUAUUAAAGCUGAUCUACCCCCUAAAAUUUUUAAAAAAUAUAUAUAUAGCAGACAUUCUUAUCUAGAGCGACUUACAGUCACCUCAUUAAACAUCUAUCUUUUUUAUAUAAUUAUUUUAUUCAUUGAAUUUUCUUAAUAUACACUACACACAAUUGACAUACUAUAUAUAGUUACAUAGAACAAUACACACAACACACACACAACACACACACAACACACACAGUCACAUCAUUGUGUAUGUAUUAUCCCAGAGGGUUCUCCUCAUGUUGGGUGUGAAUCACCAGGACAUUAGGGGAGAAUCCCAAAUCAAUAGUAAUGUCUGAAAGUUUCUCAAGGUUAGCUGGCUAUCUUGGUGAUCCUGCUUUGUGACCCCACAGGACACGAGGGGAGGAUCGGGAUGGCAGCUGUCAAACUGAAAGCUGACGUGGAGUUUGACAGCAAAGCCACGUUCCAGAACGUCAAGACGUCCCUGCCCAGCUACGCUAGACCACGCUUCAUACGCAUACAGGUAAUCCUAUGGGAAUAAUGUCCCAAAUUACAAUGAUCAUCAUGAUACCUUUCAUUUGCAAAGCACUUAAAGCUACGAUCUGGGAUAUGUUGAAGAGAUUCCCUGAUCCCAGAUUGUACCUUUAAAGAUUUGCUCAAAACGCUUAAGAUUCAUAAAACACACAUUUGAACAUCAUUUAUUUAAUUUUCAAAUCCCAGAAUUCCCUGGCUGUGACUGGAACAUUCAAGCAGAUGAAGGCAAAGCUAGCCGAAGAGGGAUUCAACCCAUCCGUGAUACAGGAUCGAUUAUACUACCUGGAGGACAGUAAGGGCUACAUCCCCAUGACACAGGAGAUUUAUGACUCUAUUUCUGAUGGAAAGAUACGGUUAUGAUUUUUUUUAGUUUUUUUUUUUCUAACUGUUAAUCUUUUAUUUUGAAAUGAACUGUCAAAUUAUUAAUCUGAUGUACAUUUUAUUGUGAUACUUUGAACCCCCCCCCCCCCCCCCCCCCCCCCCAAAAAAAAGGGUUGUGUUUAAAUGAAAGGGAGACAAAUGCUUACGUCAAGGACCAACUUUUAAAAUGUUGUGCAUUUUAUGACUAGAGAGAAACAUUUGAAAAUGAAAACUGAAAAUGUUAUGGAAUGUUUGUAAAUUCAUAAAUAUAUAUUGAUUUUGUAAUAAAUACUAAAGAUAUAUCUAUCUGAGAUGUG